AUUACGGUAAUGAAUCCAUUCUCCCGUUUUCCCCGUUUUCCCUGUGGCCGUAGUGAGUGAGUGAGUGGAAAGAAGAGUCUGCCUGCAGCUUGCCUGCCUGGGAAUCCCGUUAAAGCACAUCAGCGGCCACUGCCAUGGCUGAACGCCGCGCCUUCGCCCAGAAAAUCAGCAGGUAAAGGCUUCCGAGCCCCCGAAACGAGUUUGUUGAAGGGUACGCGGAGGGUUUGGACGCUUUUAUAUGGGUCGCCCUGGCUGCAGCGUUGAGGGAACCCUGUGAAGGGAAGGAGGCCCGGGCUGCUACAUGCUAGCCGCUUGUUAGCCACAUCGAAAGAGUGAUGCUCAGACCCACCCAGACAGACAGCGACAGGGCUAGCCGUUAUCUGUUUUACCAAUUGAAUGCUAACAAAGAAGCAAGGUGUUGUAUAGUUGUAACAAAUGCGUUAUGCCUUUACAACAGCUGGGUUUACGGUAAUAACCCGCAUUAAGAUGAGCCAACCGUUAACCGUUCAUUUUGUACAGUUAGCAGUCGUCUUGUCUGCUGAGGCUAACAGCGGAAAGCUAGCAGUGCUGACAGGGAUGCUACUGAACUUUAUAGAGUCAUGGUUUGAGACAGAAUUCACUGACAAGAUAGAUAUUUGUUUAACAGUAAGACUGGGAAUAAAAGCCUCUCUCAGCAGCCAUCAAACAGCGACAUAAUAAUCUCCUUUCCGCCCCUCAGACGGAUCAAAGUAAUCUCUUUAACAAAGGGCUUUGUGCUGCCUGUCAAAUACCAUCAUCCCAGGCGAUGCACAACUUAGAUAGUAGAGAGAUGGAAACAUACAGACACGGUUGAGAUCAACUGUUUUCUGCCACAACAUUAACGAGUGUUAAUUGGAGUUGUUACCUAUGAUUUAAAUUCAAUGCUGUAGUUAUACUGUACUUAAACACUGCCUCAUACUGACUAACCAUAUUAGUGUCAUAGUUAAGUCUCCUUUUUCAGUAAUUAAUUUUCAAUGUUAAAAAUAACACUUUUAGCAUUAUCUACAUUGAUACAAAUUUUGCUUUAUUCUUAUUUAGAAUUAUUGCUCUACUUUCUCACUGAUAUUUCAUCUAUAUGUUUUGUUUUGUACUCAUAUUUAUCAUGUACAAGUUAAAUACAUUCUAUAACAUCUCUUCAAUACCUCUUAAGACUCAUAUCUUCAGACCUAAAGUAUCCAUCUUUAUUCUUAUUUAGAAUUAUUGCUUUACUUUCUCACUAAUAUUUCACCUAUAUAUUGUUUUGUACUCAUAUUUAAAAGUUAAAUACAUUCUGUAACAUCUCUUCAAUACAUCUUAAGACUCAUAUCUUCAGACCUAAAGUGUCUAUCUUUAUUCUUAUUUUCUGUAUCAAAGCAAGUGUAAAGUUCAAACUUCACCCCUCAGAUAAAUACAGAAUUUUGAUUAAAAUAGUUAUUUAAAAGUGAUUUAAUUUUAGCAUUUAUUGCAAUGUACCGAAAAGAAUUGUAUUUGCCAGUCUUAGCAGAUAAAAGUUCCUAAAGUAGAUUAUUGAUAUUGACAGAUGUGGAGGUUUCUGCCAAAACUUAGGGCCUAAAAGGGACAUAGGUUACAUAGGUGAAGUAUACACAUACAAUGAGUAUCAGCAUAUCUGCUGUAUGGUACAGGUGAUGAGAGGAGGAGCAGAACAACACUUCUUGAAUACUACCCAUUUAAUUGUGCAUCUGAAGGACUAUUAUCCUGAAUAGCACAAUGGUCUUCUGAAAAGUAAGGACAAAACAUUAUUGGCUACAGCAAAAACUAGGCAGCAGCCUCUGCUUCAGUCAUUUGAAAAGGGCUAAGAAAUAUAGCAGGGAUUACCCAAAGGUAAAGGAACCUAAAGAAAAUCAUUGAUUUCAUUGCUCUUCAUCACCAACCUUUCAACCUGGUGGAAGAAGCGGGCACCUGCUGGCUAAUGAUAUACUUUGAGUGGAGUCAGUAUUGGUAUGUGUGUCAUCCUAAAUUAGUUUUAUAAAAUCCAAUAUUAUGUCUCCCUCUAUCAAAAACAUCUUAUUACAAAAGACCAUGCGAAACGUGUUUUUUUUUUCUUCUGUUGAUUAAUGUGGUUAAUAUUCUUAAGUCCAGCCUGUUUCUAUUAUAAAGGAUUUCUUUGUUAUUGUUAUAGCUGGAGGAGUAUACAUUUGUGAUUAAUUGUUGGUCCUGUUCCCAUGGAGAGAAACCACAUCUAAGCGCUAGGACAAAAACAGAAUCUUCCCUGCCCUUGUCAUAUUGACAGCUGUGAUAAAUAUACGAGGACGAAGACUAGAAUAGGAUGAAUGAGAGAGACGUAGAAGUUAGGAGAUGCAUUUGCACACAUCAUGUAAAAAUGAACUUAUUACACAGAACGAUGAAUACACGGGUCAUGCACUGAGACCGUUUUGUCAGUCAAAACAUAAAACCCCAGCUAGAGGCACAUUUAUGACUGACUCUUGUCUCAGGUUGGACAUUAUUAUGUAUCCAGUGAAUAAUCUUGGUUAGUGUGGCAUACCAGUAAAAAUUACCUCAAUAAACAGAGGUUUAAAAUAUUUUUUUCUGUUGUUCAGGUUCUUAGGUUAAUUAUGUUGUUAAACUGAGUUCAUGUUAUUCAUUUGGCAGGUAAAAUCCGUCUAUCCUUUUCCUGGUAAAGCAUUCUGACCACUUGUAAUAAAAGUGAAUUAGCCCACGUGGCAUGUUAAGUCUAAUUUACUGACUAAAAUUGCUGGUGGCUUUUGCCCAGAAGUGUAAAUCUCAUGCCUCAAUGAAUCCGUUUUCUUCCACUUUGCCCAUAAGUUCUCACCAGUUUGUGUUGUUUUGGUCGAGAUAAUUACUGUUGCUCUUCUGAAGAGACGGAGACAGAGGAAUGUCUGUUUAAUGUAGUUCUUCCUCUGCGCAGUGACCAGAGCUCAAUUAAGGCCCGGUCAGAGGAACUAAAGAGGACUGAGGAAUGUGUUUGUUGGUUCAGCACUUCUGCUUUUCUUUUGGUGACAACACUGCGCUGCAAAAACCACUAAAUUUCAACAACACCACACAGUAUCGUGAUAAUUUAUCUUGCAACUUAAAGCUUGUAGCUGUACUUUCCCUUUCUUACUAAAGAAAACAGCCUUAAACCUCCUCUAUUUCACAGCCUUGCCUUGGGCUUAGGGAUCCUUUUGUUUGUGUACAGUUUUUUUGAUGAUGCAACCAUUGCAAUGGACUCAGCACUUUAGUGGCUUUAGGGAAACCAGACCUCAUUUAGAGGUUUGGGGUUUUAUAACCUCACUGACUGGAUCCUUUCUGACCUCAGUUUAUUACUGUAAUCAUGUCCAAGUGUUUACAUUAAUUUCAAACUUACUGUUGUGCUAUUGCUUUUAAUAUAUACAGCAGAAAGACAAGGUUAUGUAGGUUAUGAGGAAAACUGUAAUAAAAAAGUUAUUGUUGGAUCCAUGUGGCCUCUGUGUUACCUCUGUGUUUGAACCUUGAGUCUUUGGAGUCUAGCCUCUGUCCUUGGAUCCAAUUUGUUAUUUGUUUGUGUCACUUUGAGCAAUUUGCUGCGUUGUUGUUUUGUUCAAGGAAAAGGUCACUCAGUUGUUUUGGUGGUCGGUGUAUGGGAGUAGGACUUGAGAAGAUUGGUGCUGACCACUGGGUUCCUCAGGUUUUUAUUUCUUUCCUUUCUGUCCCGUUUCCUUAUAUGAUGCUGUCUGAGAUGAGGAUGUAAAGUUGUGAGUGAAGACUCACAGAGAAAAUCCUGGAAUGACAAGAAGGGUUUUUUUCUGCAGUGUUGGUUAACUUGAACAUUUGCAGGUCAGGGGAGUAAAAGUGGUCAUUUGCAAAAUUCAGCACAAUAUGAGAUAUUUUGUAAUUAUUUGGGUUGAAUGGAAGUAAAUGUCAACAUAAAGUAUCACCUAAGACAUGGUUAUUGCAAACUGUCCGCCAUGUUUUUUCAAACCAUGCUGUUACCUCAAGAAAAACAGGUCAAUACAAAAAUAGGUCUUUCAUUUCAUUGAUCCUUUUUGAUCCAUUAACAGACCAAAAAGAUUAAAUAUACUUAUGCUUGCAGUGUUUUAUGAAAUUAUCCUUUAUAUUGGAUUUUCAAGUAAAUGUUUACCUAUCUGAAAGUCUGUUUUUGCCUUCUCUUUUGAUCCCUAUGCGAGUCUUUGUUACUUAACUUAUUUGCAAUCUGAAAAUUUGCAGACAUGGUUCUGUUGGCAUAGGUUGAUUUGUGAUGUUGAUAGUUAUCUAUUAAAUUUGAAUGUAUUCAAUAUUGUGUAAUUCAGCACAGUAGCCUGUAUUGUGAUCAUAUUUGCAUUAAAGUCAAAACUGACUGCGACUUGUUUUUUAGAUCAUGAGAUUUUCAGAACCCAAACAUUUUGAAGUGCCUAAAUUCACUCUCUUUCUUACCUAUCUUUAUCCUUCUUUGCAGGACUGUGGCAGCAGAGGUCAGGAAGCAGAUAGCAGGCCAGUAUGGGGGCUCUCCACAACUCUUCAAAAACCUCAACACGGGCACCGCUACAACCAACACAGUGAGUACUUUCCUCUUCCAUAAGGGUUAUUUCAACCCGACUUGAGUUUCUUUUUUCUGGCUUCCAGGUUUGUGGAAGUUCCUUCUCCGAUUAGGCAGGAUUGUUGGCUGACGCUCAUAAUGUUUUGAACUGUUGUUACAUAAUUUUCUGUACAACAAAGACACACUUGGGGUGCACCCUGUUAACUGAGCUGGGUGGGGUUUUGUGGGUAGAAUAAGAAAACUGCAGCCUUUUCAAGAGCUUAGGUCAGUGGUUCUCAACUGGUCUCACUCUGGGACCUACAUAUUCCCAUGGUCCUUACGUCGCGACCCACUUUUAUAGAAUUCAAACAAAGUAAAUUUAUUUUUUAUAAAAAAAAACUUUUAUAGACUCAAAUUUUAACAGGAAUCCACUUGUUUUAUUUAGUAAAGUGCAUUUUAGAGCACAUGAAGGGGACAACAUGAGGAUGACAACUACUGAAGGUGCGUAAACAGAAAAUAUCUAAUAAAUAUCGCACUACAUAUUUCCUUUUUUGACCAGCUGUUCGUUACCCAUCCAGAAUGUGUCAGUGACCCACUUUUGGGUCAGGACCCACCAGUUGAGAACCACUGGCUGAGGUGUUUGAUGCAGUAUGUCUUCUUCUUCUCAAGUGAUGAUUCUCUCUGACCAAUCACUGGUCUGGAAUGUUUUUAACUUUCAUUUUUAGUAUCAGAUCAGCUUGUGUGGAACCUUAACCCAGUUGCUGAUAAAAACACAUCUGCCCAAAAGAGAAAGUUGAGUCAUACUUUGCAGAAAAAAGGCAGUUGACUUCCUAUCUUACAUCAUGUUCUUGUGAGACAGCUGCUGUGGCCUCAAAAUGUCAGAGAAUCAGCCUGAAUAAAAUGUUAGUGUCUGCUGUUGUCUCAACAGCUUUGCUCCUACUCCUGAUUUUUUUAACAUUUGCCCAAAUGCAAUCCUUGUGUCUGCUGUGUUAAGGGAAUAAUCACACUCAUCCACAUCAACAGCUGUGUUUUAGUCAGCUACUGUGCUUCUGUCUUUUUUUGUCUGACAAACCUUAAUCAGUGUUUAUACCAAGUCACCAACGACUGAAGUACCUGGUGACAGUGGUCUUAGUGUACCUCACAGUUACUCCAUGAGACAAGGAUGUCAUUUUCUUGAGUUGAUGGCUAUUUUCAAGGCUGCUUGUCUCUCUUUAAAUACCACAUUGGAUGACCAUUGAUUAGCCUGCAAUCCACAAACACUCCCCGCUGCAGUGCCUCUCCAGUUUCACAUGUAGAAGGCCACACAGCGUGUUUGUUAAUGGGGUAGUGCCAAUUGACCCUCAGUAGCACAGGACCAGGACAACAGCAAAUACUCCCCCUUCUCCUCCUUUAAUUAGGCUACACACGGCUUUUAAUUAAACUGUGAAAGGUAUUUGUGUUCAAAUUCCUCGAGAGAGAAAGAGAGAGAGAGAGAGACGAAUGCACACAUUAACCCUGCUGACAAACUGAAAAAGAUGAAACUGAAUAUUUCCCCAGGGUUCACUGUUUUGGGAGUGGACUAAGACUCAUGAAACCAUUAGCCAAAGCUUAAAGUGGGACAAUUGAUAAUCUGGUUAUGUAUUUUGUCAUGAGCGGAUUUUAGAGCUUUCCUUAAAUCAGUUAUUUUCUAACAGCUGAUUUCUUUUUAGCAGAAUUUUAUUUAUUUUUAUUUAGCCUUUAUUUUACCAGGUUAGUCCAAUUGAGAUUAAAAAAUUCUUUUACCAGGGAGGCCUGGCCAGGAGGGCAGCAGCAUAGUUCCUACAACAGAUAAAAUUCCCAACAUCUCAACAUCAAAAAAAUCUCACAUAAAACAUUUAAACACAGAUUAGGUAGACUGUGAUGAUUUUACUGUUGUUUUUAAUUCAUUUAGUGUCACAAGAGCUUGAAGGCGAAGUUCUGACUGUAGUUUGUUCCUGGUAUAAUGAGCUGAGAACCUUAAACCCUUCAUGCCCAGUUCAGUUCUUACUUUUGGGACAACUAAAAGAUUAAACAGGAAUGACCUACUAUUUUGGACUCUCUCAUUUAGAAUAUAAAUAAUUUAAAGUGGGGACAAGACAACUCAGCAGCUGACCGUGUCUUCACAACGAUCCAACUUCUCCUUUCCUUCUGAUUGUCUGCCAGGUGCCACUCACAGAAGCGGUGGAGCCGGUGGAUUUUGAGGAGUACCUCAUCACUCACCCUCCCAUUGUUGAGUCAGGUCCUCUGAGAGAUCUGAUCGAGUUCCCCCCAGAUGAUAUCGAGGUCAUCUACACACCCAGGGAGUGUCGAACAGUGGCACAAGCUGUUCCAGAGGAGGGGUAAGGGUUGAAAUGCUAGAGGUGGUAGAAGCUGGGGCAGAGAAUUUCAGUCUCAACCUAUCAUUUCUGGGAUACGUUUUUAGUCAUUUAUCAGAUGAAACAGAGCGUGUAACUCUUAAUGUGGUGUGCUGUCAGAGUUUAUCAUUACUGUCUUUAAUUAUUGAAAAAGCUGCACAACAUGUGUAAGCAUCAAAGACUUGUGGUCUUGAUGUAUUUCUCAGUCUAGUUCAGGCUCUUAGUAUUUCAGACUUGAUGCGCCAAAAGAUGAAAGGAUGUCAGUCUGGUAGCUUGUCAUCUUUAUUCACUAAGACUUGUUCAGUCUUAGGCCUGACUCUUGACACAAAGCUUGUUAAGCCUGAUUGAGUCUGUUUGGCUGCAGGGACACUGACGCUCAUGUGAGAGACUGUGUCAGAUCCUACACUGAAGACUGGGCCAUCGUCAACAGAAAGUAAGGCUUUACUGCGCCAAGCAAUUUCCCUCUUUGAAUUGGGAUUAUGUCAUUUUAAACUCUAUAAUUAUUCCGAGUAUUUAGUAAUGAGGGUGUCCUACAUCACUGUUUACUCUCGCAGAUACCACAAGCUGGGUACGGGCUUUAACCCCAACACUUUGGACAAGCAGAAGGAGCGUCAGAAAGGCCUGCCCAAACAAGUGUUUGAGGCUGAUGAGAUGCCAGAAAACAGCAGCUAUCAGGAUGACCAGGUAUUUAAGUAUCUGGAACUAUAAAAGAAGUAGAUAACAGUCUUAUGUGAGGGUAUCUGGGCUUCGAAAACAAAUCAUUUUUGUGGUUUUGGUUCACGUAGGAUGAUCUGAAGAGACGGUCGAUGUCUAUAGAUGACACCCCACGCGGCAGCUGGGCCUGCAGCAUCUUUGACUUGAAAAACUCCCUCCCUGACGCUCUCCUCCCUCACCUCCUUGACCGCGCGCCCAAUGAGGAGAUCGACAGACACAAUGAAGAACAGCGCAAAUCCAACCGCCACAGAGAACUCUUUGCUCUGCACCCAGCCCUUGACGAGGUACUCCUCAGAUAUGCCACAAUCAUAAAGUAAACAAUGAACAUCUGAUAAAGGGUGGUACGUUUUUUUGUUUGUUAGUUAAAUGGUGUUUAAACUUAAUCUCAAGAUGUUGUUUAUAUUUCCUGAGGUUUAAUUUCAAUCCAAAAGUAUGAGACAUUAAAUUAUUUACAAGUGUUUGCAAGUGAACUUCUCUUUAAUCGUGUAGGAGGAGCCCAUUGAGCGCCACUGUGUGCCUGAAGUACCAAAAGAACACUUUGGCCAGCGGCUACUCGUCAAGUGCUUGUCCUUGAAGUAAGUGGUGGACAGCCUUUUUCCAGAAAAACAGCCCUUUAGCUCUUUUAUUUCACUGCUGCUUUCUGCUGACCCGCUCCUUUUCCUCUCCUUGAAGGUUUGAGAUCGAAAUUGAACCCAUAUUUGCUAGUUUGGCCUUAUACGAUGUCAAGGAAAAGAAAAAGGUAAGCUGUUAUGCUUUCCUCAGCCCUGAGUUGUUGGGUCACUCCUGCAAACCAUUAAAAAUGUUGGGGGGCCAAAACGAAUUCGAUGAGUGGACGAUAAAAUUUUAUGUUGUAGACCUGUUAUGCUUGUAGGAAUGCAGGUAAAUCACCAGGACUAUGUAUCUAUCUGAAGUAGAACAUCCACUGCUGACUCUUUCCCCUUAAGCUGACAAACACUAGAGGGUAGCAGUUGCCUUGAUAAACAGAAGUGUCACACGAACAGUACAUUGCUCUCCACAGGAAUUCCAUUAUUUAUGUCUUCACAAGAGGGUCAUUUAUCAUUGAAAAGUUACCAUGUUUUCAGCCACUGUGAGCCAGGUUUUAGUGAAGCACAGAGAGACUAUUCUUUAGUUCUAAAAAGCGUUCAUCGUGCAACUAUUUUGAUGCAUGUAACGUUAAUGAAACAUGUUUCUUUGUCUGUUUUUAAUGUGUCUCUCAGAUAUCAGAGAACUUUUUUUUCGACUUGAACUCCGAGCAAAUGAAGGGGAUGUUACGUCCGCAUAUUCAGACUGCAGCCAUCUCUACGUUGGCGCGUUCUGCCAUAUUCUCCAUCACCUAUCCCUCCCAGGAUGUCUUCCUUGUUAUUAAGGUCAGAGAGCAAUGAUGCAGUGUUUUUUUCAUUGUCAAGUCUUACUCUGCUAUUUAAUGCAUGAAGGUUCUCUCUGUUCAAAAAGGCUUUUGUUCUUUCAAAGUGGUUUGCAACUGCUUUACAAAAUUCCAUACAUUUAUCUCAUAGCUUUGUGCCAGUAUGUUGACCUAGAAUGUGUGCUUGGUCCCCAGCUGGAGAAGGUACUACAACAAGGUGAUAUUGGAGAGUGUGCUGAGCCCUACAUGGUCUUUAAAGAGUCUGAUGCUGCCAAGGUAUGACCAUAAAAAGGUUGUCAUGUGCACUAUGAUAAUAGAGAUGGGUUACAAAUACACUGUGUUAUUAUCUGUACUCUUUUUAUACAUUUUGUGAGCUGAAUCAUCAGUAAAACUAUGAUCUUCUUUGGAUUGCCAUCACUUGUCCAAUGGUGCACUGUAAACCCCAUUUUUAAUAAAUCUUUUUGUUUUAUAGAACAAAGAGAAGCUGGAGAAGCUUCGCGGCCAGUCAGAGCAGUUCUGUCAACGCCUCGGCCGCUAUCGCAUGCCUUUCGCUUGGACGGCCAUUCACCUAAUGAACAUUGUGAACAGCGCUGGCAGUCUUGAGAGAGACACAGAGCUGGAGAUGAGCCUCUCAGGUCUGAUAUUUCCUCUUUACUCUAUCUCUUUGACUGUGACUUAAGAGAGACUGUAUGUAUUUUUGUCACAAGACGUUAAAAGGCAGCAUUAAGGCAUGAAAAGGCUUGCUUGAUGGUUUAAUGCAUCUAUUUGCUCACAUAUAGUUAUCAGAGAACAAAGACUAGCACAGUUUUCGCAGUCACGCAUGGGGCUCAUGGGCAUGUCAAAACAUUACCACACAUCUUUAUCUACAAACAACUUUCAAACAAAUAUUAAGAAAGGCAAAGUAUCCAGCCGUAUUGAUCCUGGUGUUAUUUUGAGUUUGACCUUCGGUGUUUGUCUAACCUUUACCCUUACAAAGUGUCUUUGAUGCCGAUUGUGGCAGCUGCCUUUUUGGUUGCUAGGCAGAUCAGGAAACAACUUAAUGAAUCUCCAAACCUUCGUUGAAGAAAUCCCAUCAUUAAACAAUCCUGUAGCUGAAUUAAAAAUACUUUUUUUUUGUUUGUUUGUUUGUCUGUGUACAGAGAGGAAGGGCUCAUGGUCAGAAAGAAGGAACUCAAGCAUUAUGGGAAGACGCUCUCUGGAAAGGACCACCAGUGGUGACGAGUCAUGCAGUCUGACAGGCUUUAGACCUGCAACACUUACCAUCACUAAUUUCUUCAAACAGGUCUCCACAAUCUCACACACACACACAAGCUUCAAUUGUAGUCUAAAAAUUGAGCAUGUCUUGGUAUACAACCUGAAGAAAACAUUAAAAUAUGCUGGGGGGAAAUGUUCACCACUUUAUCAUGAAGUUUGCUGUUUUGUCUUUGUAGUUUUAUAAUGAUUUUGUAUAUGCUGUAUGUUUGUUCUAGGAGGGAGACAGACUGAGUGAUGAGGACCUGUAUAAAUUUCUCGCUGAUAUGAGAAGGCCUUCUUCAGUGCUGAGGAGACUCAGACCUAUCACAGGUAGAAACACUGAUUUUGUGUUGUUGGAAUUCUCAACACUAAUAAUGUUAAAUAUCACAUAAUACUCAUUUUGAAGUGGCACCAUGAUUCCCAUAGUUACUGGUUGGUUUGAAGAGUAGUUUAAGUUUUUUUCCAGUUGAAGUAAAUUGAUAUUUUUAAUUCUUUUCUUUGCUGAACACUUAAUUUCGUUCCUUUUUGUUUGUCACCACAGCCCAGUUAAAGUUGGACAUAUCUCCAGCGCCAGAGAACCCCCACUAUUGCUUGACCCCCGACCUUCUGCAGGUUAAACCUUACCCAGACAGCAGAGUACGCCCAACUAGGGAAAUCCUGGAAUUCCCUGCCCGGGAUGUUUAUGUGCCAAACACCACAUACAGGUAGGGGAAAAACAAACUAGUGGGUGAAAAGCAAAGCUUGUCAUUCUUGUAUUUCAGUUUUGUCAAUGUUGUCUGAAAAGUAAAGUGAGAUAGAGUCUAAAAUAAUCUAUAAUCAGUCAAUAGGUUUCAAAAUACAAGCUGUUUCAAACAGUUUAAAUCUGAAAGUGAAGGCUAUCUUAAAGUUGUCUCUUCAUAUGUUUUUCAGAGCAAAGUUAACAUUUGAAAAGUAACUUUCUAUAAACAGCAAAGUACCCUGGAUCAAAGCUUUGACAUGUUUUCAUUCGGAAAUCAUCCAGAGUACGCCCAGUCAUUCCGACACUGUGCCUUGUUAAUGGUUAGCUAAUGUCUGGGGGGAAAAAAAGGCUACUUUUGCCAAGGUUACUUGAAGAGAUGGGUUAUUAGCGGUCAGUUUCUACUGACCUGGCCUUGAUACAGUCUGCAGAUAGCAGGGUAACUUCCAAUCAUAGAUUAACAGAUGACUGCCAGACAGGGGUGAUCCACCACAGCGAACAAGCAGAACAGGUUGAAAAAGAAAGCAUGUGUUGUAUCGUUGUAUUACCAAGAGGGGGUAGUGAAAGAUUGCUCAAAACUGUGCUGUUUGAUAUUCUUAUCUAGAACAUCUUUUUCACAUAUAUCACAUUGACUGAGCUGCUUGAGGUCAUUAAACUGGAGCAGUGCUGCCAGUUGCUCAACUUUAAUCAAGCAACAGAUUUUUUUGCAGGCGGUACGUUUCAGACUCUGAAGCUGAAAUGUUUCAUUUCAUGUCUUUUGUUGUUUUCCUCCAAAGUUUAAUAUGAAGUAAAAUUGAAGAUUAAAAAAAAUCAUGUUUUGUGGGUCAAGAAUUUAUUUUGUUUUCAUAAAUACACACUUUUUAGAGUCAGGUUAAAGCAUUAGUGUGAGGCACAUUUACAGUAGAGUUGCAUUGUAGUGAUGGAUAAGAGUCAAUAUGACUCAGUAAAAUAGGACAUAUAUCAAAACUUUAUUAAAAAUAAAAAGUUUAAAUCAUAGUAGCAUGAAUAUGAUUUAAAUACUUAACAGAGUAACAAAAACACAAAAACAGAAAAACCUCAUCAGUGUGAUGCAAAAGCUAUGAACUUUGAAUACUGUGCACCGUGUGAGUCUGCCCUAAAACAGCCCUGACAUUAAAGAGUAUUUCAUGAAACUAGGACUGAAGCAGUGUAAAAUACCUGGAGAUUGAAGAGAUACUGCAUUUAUUUAAACCUGACUUAUACCAUGCAUGCCCGGUGAAGCAACCUGUUAGCAUGUCUGUUGCUCCACAAAACCAUGCAACCAUUUAAGAGCACAAGAUGAAAUACACUUUACAUUUCCUAGUUGCCACAGAUGCAGUAAAAUAUGCUUAAGUCCUUUGAAAACAUUUCACAACAAGCUAGAAAUCUCAGUUUGAAACAGCUUCCUAAUCAUUCCUCAUUGCUCUCCGUCUGUCUGCUGUAAUACUGUCACAGUUUCCGACCAGCAUGGAAUCAGUUUGCUGAUGUGGAUCAAUACAUCCAUUUUGCAAGUGAUAGCAGAUGUUGCAUAAUGACAAUUCUACUGUCCUCACUGGAUCAGACCCAAUAGGUUAAUGACCUUCGUGUCGCAGUGGCAAUGUUGCAUCACUGCAUGAUCAGCAUUUUCUGACUUGUGACAUUUUUGGCCUGAUUUUGCUCGGUCAGCACCAACGUCAGGGGUUUGAAGCUGUCAACUUAAUGUGGCAAAUAAACUUGGAACUUGUCGUCACAUACUGGACAUGAAUCAUGCAUCUAUUAGUUCACUUGCUGAGCAUGUUUGUUGACAUUGGCACAAGUGUUGCCGUUGGCUCUUUGGUUUCAGUUGAGGCCCUUAGGAGCCGGGGCCUGUCGUAUGGUGAUCUUGGCCGUCUUGAGGGAAUAUGAGGGCCCUGUUCCAGGCUUCCAGUAAAUACCUUUCCUCCUCAUUGAACGCCCCUUGGGCCUUAACCACAAAUACCUUCCAUUGAGGUUGGUCUCUCCACAGACAUUGAACCACCAACCCCCUGCAAAGAAACCAGGACAAGAGACAUGCAUUAUAUUAACAGUACUUGGUCUGUACAGGUGGUCCCACCAAGUCACCUUCUAAACCGGUUUACCUGUGUAAUUGCGACCACAGUUGGAGUUCCUGUUGUUGUCAAUGUUUCUGUCUUUUGUGGAGAAUUUCAUGCCGGUGCUGUUGGCCAUGGCAUCAGGCAGGUCACCAGAGAAAUGGCUGACAUGGAUGGUGUAGUCCUUGGAGGGACCCUCCAGUCUGAAGCGGUACUCAGUCCAGUGCUUCUCCUCCUUCCAGUCCUCCAAAUCAAAAUGCAGGAUGUAAACUCCUUGCUUUGUCAAGCUGUGGAUCUUCUUCAGGCCCAACCAGAAGUCCUCUGAAAAACACACCAGUCAGUUUUUUUCAUGUUAGAAUAUCUCAACAUUAGCUAAAGAUUUGCAAACUGCGUAUCGGUAAUUUCUUGAAAAAAAAAACAAAAAAAACCCCAAAACAUAUAGUUAUUGGUUAGUUUGAGCUUUUGCUCCGGUAAACUAAGAGACCACUGUAUUUAAUCAAAGCUGGUUUGCAUCUGAAUGCACUUGCUUUUUGGCCUGCAGUGGAUUGCAACAGAGAACUCUUAGAUUUAAUCAUUAGAUAAGUAGUUAUGCAAGAAUGUUGUGACUUAAAUUUAUGCCCGCAGGAACCAUUACUUUUGAUUGUGGCAUGACUGCACUGAAGAGCAGUGAAAGCUGCAGGGAAAACUGCCAAACUGCUGUACUCAGUCAAUACAGGAAGUUACUUUGUCAGUUCAGGACUGAUAUACAACAAACACAGUUUCCUGUGACCAAGUUUACAGGAAGUACUUCAAAUCCCCCUGUUCUUAAAAUAGAGCAGAGCUCUAGUGUUCUGUACAGAUAGUUUUAUUUUGUGACUGAGAUUUUGGUAGCUUAGAUUUUUCAGGAAUAGAAGACUAAUUUGACAAACUGCAAGUAAAAAAACAAACAAAAAAACAUCAAUUUCAUUAUUUCAUUUUUGCAAAUGAUAACAUGCCUUAUUACAUCAAAGUCAAGUUAAAGAAAAACUUACUUUCCAGAUCUCCAAAGCCUUUUUCAUACUUGUCCCACGUCUGGUCAAAGUCCACUGAACCAUCAACCCUGCGUUGGAUGACAGUCAAACCUCCAUCUAUAGAAUGGAUUAGAAAUAUUUUUUAGCUCAAGUUAUAGUUGUGCAAACUACACAAAGGUUUACUCAAGGAUCAGAGAAGCUCCUUAUCAUAGAUAAGGUAAAUGGGAUAUUCACUCCUGUCUGCCCUCUAGAUAACCUUAUUCUGGAAGCGAACAAGCUUGAUAACUUCUGUUUUCUUCCCUGCCCGUUGUUAAGGAAUGCGUGGAAAUAGCAAUGCCUCAAUCGGUUUCUCUUUCAAGAGAGUUUCUGCACUAAGUUUGAAAUCUGCCAGCUGUGGUCUCACCCACCUGGGGUCAUUUCACAGUAGACGUUGAAUGGGUCAGAUUGGUUUGGCUUGAUAACAUAGAUUCCACUGUUUGCCUCUCCUUUGUUGAACAGGUCACUGCAGUCUGUGGGGAGGUCUGAAAAACAAUGAAGGACAACAUGAUAUUAAGACAUCACCACUUUAAACAUUCCAUAUUCAAACCAACACUAUAAUGCAUUUGAAAUAACGUUACCAUCUGUGUCCAGACCAGUUGAGUUUCCUGUCAGAUAUUCAAACAUGUCAGAUGCUGAAACUUCUGGAUUCAGUGGUUUAUCAACCGUAUCUUGAAAGUUGUCAUAGGUAAGCUGCAAAAGAGAGAUAGCUGUUAAUGUUAUCAGCCCAUUUUAAACUACUUCCCUUCAAUUAGGCAUAUCAGAGUCCAAUACAAAAAGGAUUUGCAUGGGCAGUCUGAAUUACCUCAAACAGAUUCUCAUUAGAAAAACAAAUAUUUGGAUGGCAAAAACCAAACAUGACGAAGUUUUUGUUUACCUUAUCUUCUAGAUUUUUAAUCUUUCCUUUCUGGUGAUCAAGCUGCUCAUGCUGCUCCCUCACAGCGUUCAGCAGACUGGUGAUCGUUUUCUCUUGUGCUUCAAUCACCUCCUACAAAGUGCAAUGAUGAAAACAUAUAAAGUCUUUUUUAAUGUCAGGUACCGUAAAGAACGAGAAAAUGCAGAGUUGCAUAAAUGAAACUGUUAUCAGAUUCUCCAGCUUUUAACCUAUUCACUUUUUUAACUUUGAGAAUUGAGCAUUUAUCAAGAACAAAACAGAAGCUGGUGAAUAAGUUGGGUUGAAUUAGUUUAUUGUGACUUUUAUUAUGAUUUAUAGCUGCUUCUAUUUUACUUGCAUGCUUUCAAGCAAUUUGCAUCUGCUGCCAAACAUAGGUUCAUAGUUCUCUCUGAGCAAUCUGUUAUUAGUUGAAGUAGCAUGUUGUUAAAAUAAUCCAGUUUAUCAGAGGAAACUGAAGGCAUUUUGAUUAGACAAAAGUUUGACAUGUUUGGUGCACUUUCUAUUUUUUCUUGUAGUUUAUAAGACAAACACAGAUUUGAUCUUCUCCUCUCAAACUGCUUACCUUGAGGGAAACAAUUUCACCAAGCUGCUCAGCAGGGACCAAACUCUGCGACAGUCCCUUCAGCCGUUCCUCAAGGCUCCCCACCUUGCUCUGCAGCUGCGUACGCUCCUGCAGGAUGCCAUUGAUCUUGGAGUUAAUUUCCAGCGACAGGUUUCUGAUCUCUUCAUUGUUGGUCUUCAAGAAAUUGGUGGUCUUCUUCAGCUCCUCCUCUUCCUCCUUGAUCUCUGAGGUGACAACUGAGAGCUGGUAAAACGAGCGGUCGAAAAUGUUCAACUUUUGGAAGAUGUCGUUGAUUUGAGCUUUGGUCUUAUGGACAAACUCCCGUAAACUCUGGCCCAGCUGAAGAAGGCCGUUGGCAAGUAGGCGCACGUCAUCCAGCAUGGCAAAGCGAGACUUUGCCUCAGUUGGGUUUGGUUCUGUGGUAAAGCCCUGGUAGGGAGGGGUGGUGUACUCUGCUUUACCUGAGGUUUCCAGAGGGAUUGAAGCAGUGAAUCUGACUAGCAGCAGCAACAGGCAAAAGAGCUUCAUCAUGACUUUCUUGUCCAGUCUUGGAUUGUGGCAGAUUUGUACCAGAGAGUUUCACAGCUCCUCCUGUUCUCUGCUUUAUGCUCCACUCGAUGCUGUUUUCUCCCCCGCUGCCUGGAACCCAGACUUCCUUGCUGGUUUAAAUGAUGUGAGAGCAGCAGACUGGCCUGUGUUAUAUACUGCCCUCCCAGUAGAGGAGGAGGGGGGGAUAAGCUGAUCAUUAAACCCUACUAUGUUUUAGCUCUGUGCCCUACCUCCUCCCAAAUCCCUCUGGAGCCCUCCCUCUCCUGAACAAACAAAUCACAGCAGUGAGCAAAUGACAUAGAAGUCCCCCCACCCCCCUUUUCCACUGCCCAUUUAACCCCAAUCCCCUUUCUGUACCACACCCUACCCUGCUCUCCAUCUGUGGUGCAGAGCUUUGGCUGAUCAGCAGAAAGCCAACAAAGGCCAUCGCUGGUUUUUGAUGGAUCGUCAUUCUGAUCAAUCUUAAACCUUAUAACCCUGCGCACACUUUGCUCUGAUUGAUAAUGCUGUGUGUAAUUAAUGCUCAGGGUUUGAUUUAGCAUCCUGCUGAAUCAGCCCAGUACCCAGCUCUCUCUCUCUCUCCCUCUCUCUCUCUCUCUCUCUCCCGCCUUCUUCUCUCUUUGCGUUCGGGGGGGGGGGGGCGAGCCUGUCAUCUGUGCCAGGGUUGAGCUUCUAGGCAUAAAUGAUGUUGUCGAGUUCAGACAGUGUGUACUCAUCAUCUCGGUUUUAUUGCUCAGCCUUGUCAUUUUUUAUCAGCCUUUUCAUACCAUGUGUGAUAUUUUUCAGCGCCACAUGACUUGAAAUGGAAAAUAUAUAGUUUACCGAUUAGCUGAAAGGAUCAGCUCUGUACGCUAAGCCCAGUUUGGCUUAAUUGGAAUUUCUAAAUAAGUUGUUUCAGACAGACAUGGUGAAAUAUGUUCAUUUUUAGCCAGAGAGGGAGGAGGAACUAAUCAGCGAAAUGACUUGGUGAAGAAUUUAAUUGGAGUAUAAAUAUUUACACAUUUGGCAGCAGUAUGCUGUGUGGUUUUUAAUCUCUAAAGCAAGCUUGUCCUGUUUUAGGGUGUCGAGAGGCUCCUCCAAACCCUUUUCUUGCUUUAAACUUAAUGUAUAUUAUUCUUGAUAUUGUAUGUUUUCACUGACCAACUGUUGAGUCAUUCUGUUUUGCAAAGGAAGAAGAUAACAAGAAUUUUUGCAAAACCUGUUUACUGUUAAAAAAAAAAUAAGCAGAGAGAAUUGAAAUAUUUGGCCUAGUACAUUUACUCAAUUAUGGUUCAUUUUAGCACUUUGGCCUCUGCAGUGCACCUUAAAAUACCCCACAGUCAUCUUAACAAGCUUUCUCCAGUAAUUUGUGGUUAUGGGGAUGGAUUACCUCAGGGCACUGUAAUGGAGAACUGCAGGUUUUUCCAUAUGAAUAAAGCAGGAGGAACGGCUCCUAUAGAAAAGAAAAAAAGUGGCCACUGAUUGAGUGAAUGCUCAGGAAUUUGCUGAUCAGCAUUAAGUUCGUGACAUUAUUCAGUAUCCUUCAUGCCGGCAGAGUAGUUAUUGCCGUAGCUUGAAGAGGGUGGUGGGUUUGAGCCAAACGCGAGCUGCUUUCUCUGUGGAACUGGUAUGUUCUGCCAAUCUGUGUGCCUGGUUUAAAUUAGCACCAGAAUUUGAACUUGACAGAUGACAAAAAUGGCAUUUGGCAGUUUGUUAAGAUAAUGAGACACAUUAUUUUUACAGCUGUGUGGUUUUAUUUUCCUGUUCUUUAUCUGAUUUACUGAGAUGUUUGAUCCAAACUUUUUUUUUAGCAAUUCUAAGUUGGUGCAUGGACCUUUUUUUUUCCCCGCUGAUCUAAAAUAACCUGAAUCUACUCUAGUAAAAGGCACUUAGGCGGAAUAUGUGAAAGCAAAUAUUCCCAAACUAACGGUUGCAUUUCCACUAACAGCGUGAAUAUGUGUUUUGACUUUGCACUCAUUAAGGGUGAAGUUAUUCAAGAUUUAGCUGCAUCUUUCACCAGUAUUGCACUCUGUAGAUGGUCACUAUACACUAAAGUCAUGGCUGGCUGUGCAUCUAGGCUUCUUAUUAGGAGCCAAAAAUCAGCUCUUUAAUGAGGGAGUAUAGCUGCCAAUUUAAGUGAGUGUUUUCCCAACUAGUUUACUUCAGUGUGAAAUGUUAAAAAUAAGUGAGAGCUUCACAAAAGAACUAGAAGAAUAAAAAUUAAUCUCUGUUGCCAAUUGAACACAAGCCAGUGCUUUUUUUUAUUAUCAGCUAUAAAACCCAGCCAUUACAGUUAUUAAUAUAAUUAUACACAUCCUUUCGAUAGUCCAAGGUAAAACAUGUGAAACUGAUUUUCCACAGGCGAUUGAAAGAUUUUAUGUGUUUUUAAUGUGUACAUUUUUAAUCCUAUAAAAAAACUGCAGGAAAUAUGUCGUUUUUAAUAGUUGUGCAAUCCACUGACAAAGUCUGUCCUACUGUUGGGCUGUUCUUCUUUUUUUUUAAAUUAUUCUUCCCCUCUAUUCUCCAAAUUACAAAGGUAUGCUGAUCUAUGUUUAGAGUCAGUAAACAAUGACUCUGUCCUCUUUGUUGGUCUCUGGGCUCAUAUGGAGAAGGUUUUCAGCUGUAAUUUUAUUGAGGAGUAUUUUGGGACACCUACAAUGCACAGUUUGCUUUUAGGGUAUCCCUGAGCACUGAUUAACUCAAGUUAAAUUUGAAGAGAAGAACUGACCAGUCAGUGACACUUCCAUUUGUGUUUUUAUGUGGAUUUGAGCUUUUUAUUAACAGUAAAGUAUGUUGAUUUUAAAGGCUUAUUAGAGAGAGAGUAACAGAGGAUAAUAAGUGAGAUUGUAGUUAUCGGUUGGACAAGAAAGAUUCCCACGCUUCCUGUCAGUUGUGGUUCCAGCUGCGGUCUCAGUGGGGCUGACUCCCACAGGCUCCAUCACGUCAUUGUGGUUUGUCAGCUGAUCCCAGGUUAAUUUGCACUUCCUUCAGUGGGGCUUCUCCCUUCUCUCAGCAACAGCGAUCACAGCUGUAAAAUUCUUUCCUUAAUUUUGAUAUUAAAUAAAAGGCAGAAAAUUUCUUAGAAUAAGUUGAUUUGUUUCUGGGAAGAGUGAAUCAAUGUCAAACUUAUUGUCCAUCCCAUCAGGUUGUUUGUUAUGUAACCUCAUAUAAUCUGAUUUAUAAAUGUAAUGACUGCCUAGUUUGUUAUUCCUUGUACAGAGAUUCAUUUUCAAAAAAAAAAAUAAAUAAACUUUAUUUUUCUGCAAUUCUCUGCAAUGUGGUCACUUUUACAUUGUAUGAUGAGAUUUAUGUACAAUCCUUACUUGACCUCAACUAUCUACUAUCUUUUCAGGUAAAGAAAACCCCCUCCUCUAUACCAAAAAUAUGUAGAGCACUCUUUUUUUGGCCCCCAAAAUUUACCAUGUAGUAGAUGGUUUACCUACAGCUAUGGCCUUGGCCUUUAAAAAUGAUCCGUUUGUGAAAUCUUAUGUAACAGUGCAAAGUAAACAGAUCACGCACUGCCAGAGUUGCUUGAAAUAUGUCGGCGUAUGAGGUUACAGGUCAAGUUAAGGUUAUAUUGACUAUCAUUAAAAUAGUACACAGCAAAAAAUAUUAGCAAUCUUUUCACAAAUACAAGAGAUAAAAUAACAUGGACCGUCUUAUUCAAUUUAGCUCAGUCAUCAUUUGGUGCUUUGACACAAACUAAAACAAGCUGAAGUGUUUUCUAGAUUUCCAGGUUAUAUUGAAUGUUGAUGUUUUCCAAUUAAGUUAAAGUAAAAAAGAUUUGUAAAAGCAAGAAAUGUAUUUAUUAAUGCUACUUAUUAAAGACACAUUUAUGAUACUAUUAAAUCAAUGUUAUUCCUCAGCUGUGUAGUCUUGCUAUAGUGUUUUUUACUCUGUGAUUUCAAUGUUUGGUUUGGGUACUAAUAUAACUUUACUCAUACUGUGCUGUUUUCCUUUUGUCCUGUGCUUCUGCAUGUCUGUCUGCCAGGAAUCUGUUGUAUGUGAACCCUCAAAGCCUGAACUUCGCCAACCGACAAGGCUCCGCCCGCAACAUCACAGUCAAAGUGCAAUUUAUGAAUGGAGAGGAUCCAAACAAUGCAAUGCCGGUAAGUUGCCAUGAAAUGCAUCAGAUGAAGAAAAUCAAAAAGAAUUUAUCAACGUUUUCCUCGUCUUGUCUGCCACUGAAAAGUAAAAACACUGGCCAUUUGUUGGGAGCUAUGCACUGCAUUACUUAACAGCAAGCUGAAUACUUCCAAGUAUGCUAUGAGUAAAUACAAAUAAUCCUGCAUGGCUUCACAAAUGUCUAACUGUCGUGUUUUUUCAUCUUGAAGGUGAUAUUUGGGAAGUCCAGCUGUGCAGAUUUCUACAAAGAAGCCUAUACCUCUGUGGUGUACCAUAACAGGUAAUCAAAGAUGUGUUUUAAUAUUCUUUGUCUUUGUUGGAAAAGUCUUUACUGAGCUCUGCAGGGACCAUGUGAUCAUGAUGAUUAUUAACUGCAGGUAAAAUCAGGCUCCUGUUUGACCUUAAGGGUCCCCGCAUUUAUUCUAUUUCAUUCAGCCUUGUUGUGUUACUAUUAUUGUAGUGUGAUUUAUUUGAAGACAGCUUUUGGGAAUUACAUGACAACCUUAAGUUCUGAAAAUCUGACAGCCAAUUCAUUGAUUUUCUCUACUGAUUUAAUAUUAGCUGAGGAUCUACUCUUACACCUCCAUCAUCUCUUUUAAUGGCAUUCAUUAAAGAACAGGUUGAGUCAACCUUCUGGAUAGUGUCAAGUGGUGUCCUUGGCACAAUUUUCUUCCAUCUCCAUCGAAGAACUAAAGGGUCUUAAAUAUUUUACUGCCCAUAUUAGGUGUUUUUUAUAACGUGGUUUGUCGUUAGUCACCCAGGGGUCACACCUUAAAGGCCAGAAUGAAUCAGCUGUGAAUAAUGUAGAUGAAGAUGAUCAUGCAUCAGCGCUUGAUCAAUUAAUAACUGAAUCACGAACAAAAUUAUCACCAAUAAUUUUAUUAAACAGGGAUGAGUGAUUUUUUUUAAGGGGAAAUAAAAACAACUCUGAUUAAAAAAAAGCUUUUAAAUCUGAAAAAUCUGUCACUUCUUUGUGCUGUUCAUCCUCGAGUUUAUUUUUUAUGUCUUUAAGAACAAGAAUAAUUGUUCCCAUAAGAAAUGACAGGCUGCAUUGACUUUUUAAAGCAGUUUCUUUCACUUUAAAGGGUUCCUGAUGGUUUCGUUGGUGGUCCUACUGUAGUCGUGGGUUAUUUGUUUUGUGCACUGGCCUGUAAGCAAAGUUUCCCCCUGGAGUACUACAAAGGAUUCAGCCAAAGUGUUUCACAAUGUGUUACAUAAUUUCUUAUUAGACUCUUUGAUUUUUACUGUGAGGUCCUGCCUGUUCUGCAGACAGAGUUAUAAAUGGACUUUGGCAUAAAUAUGGUUUUAGAAAAUUUGUUGUUCAGUAUUUUUAUGUUUGUGCAUGGAUGGAAAAAAUGUACUCUUAUAUAAGACCCUGUUUAGCUUGAAUUGCACAACAUAAAGGCAGUAAAAGUAUUUUCAUAAGGGUCUAAAAUAAGUUAUUUUGCAAUGUCUUGGGAGAACAUUAAGAGUAUGACUGAUUUGUCCCUGAUUAGAGAUCAUGAUCUGUGGAGUAUUCGCUGGUAUUUGGAAGUCAUGACCACAAACAGGCAAUCAGUAGAAAAAAUCUGUUUCAAUCCUUUUGGCCUAAUUGAGGAAAAUAAACAUUUUUUAGGGAACAAGUGAGUGAUAACCCAAUGAGCAGAAAGUCUGUCUACAGUUAGACAUUAUUGUGGUUUAUAGUGUGUUCAGGCAACAAGAGGUCCACAGUAUUUGGAGAAAUAAUGAAGGUUGUUAGAUUUUAGUGCUGUGACCUCCAGAGGACAUCUUAAUACAGCUGUUUUGUUCCUCCUUGUUCUAUCAUUUACUGAAUAUAGAGCAGCGUUGGUUGGUGUUUUUGAUUAGUUGUACUUAUUUUUAUUCGACUGUUUUUUUGCAGAUCCCCAGAUUUUCAUGAUGAGGUCAAGAUCAAGCUGCCUGCCUCCCUAUCGGACCACCACCACAUUCUCUUCACCUUCUACCACGUCAGCUGCCAGCAGAAGCAGAACACGCCGCUGGAGACUCCUGUGGGAUACACGGUAGGAAAUAAUGACAGACAGAGCUUCUGUGAGAACAUCUGUGGCCAUGUGUGGGCUGUAGGUAAAAGCUGUUUGCACUCACUCUACUGUGGUAAACUUUGACUCACCGAUUAGCAAGAGUAUUACACUGAAUAAUGCUAAUCCUCUCUUCCACUGUGUGAAAGUUUGUAUUUGAAACAUGAAUGGCCUUGUACUUUACCCCACAUCAAACUCUCCUUUGUGUAUUUUUCUCCAAAUCUAGUGGAUCCCCAUGCUGCAGAAUGGACGUCUGCGAACAGGACACUUCUGCCUCCCUGUGUCUCUGGAAAAGCCUCCACAAUCCUACUCUGUUCUCUCACCAGACGUAAGAUGCAUUUCUUUAAAAUAAUGCAAGUCUUUAAGUAUGAAUCAGUUAUUCUAAUUAUCUAAAAGCAUAAGUUUAGGUAAAAUAUGCUGAAAGGGGCAGCACAACGUUUUGCUUAAGUUUGCAGUUCUUGCUGUCAGGAUGUUUUAUGAAGGCGAGAGAAUUAAUGUGCUUUAGCCAACCCAAGUGAGGUGUUGAGCAGAUUCAGAGCAGCCUUUAAAAAUCAAAACUGAAGCAGACUCUUUGCCCCCAUUUGUUCGUUUUUCCAGUUCUUCACUCUCAACAUUUUUUUUUAGGUUCCUCUCCCGGGGAUGAAGUGGGUUGAUAACCAUCGGGGAGUGUUCAAUGUAGAAGUGGUGACUGUUUCAACCAUCCACACACAGGUAACAUCAACAUGUAUAUUACUUCUAUAUCCAAGAGAUGACUAGUGCUGACAGUCCUUAUUUGUCAUCCCCCAUCAUCCUCCUCUGUCUCAUCUUCAUAGUCGAGUCAUCAGAAUGACAGUACUCAAGCAAAAUUAAAACCAUAUCCUGCUUUUAAAUUCUGUUGUUACUUUAGUUGCCAUAGAAUUAUUUCGAUUUUCACACAUAGGUUUCCUCUUGAAGUUCAAUAACAGUGAAGAGAAACAAACACUCUGUUUUCACAUUUGGACGGUAAUUCCCCCCAAGCAUCAGUUUAUUAGUGGUUGAACCUUGCCUUGCCAGUAAUUCGCUGAGUCUACUCCAUCUCUGUACUGGCUAGGGUGGGGAGGGUUUAACUGUAGUCCCAAGGAGCCCAACUGGGACUAAUGUGCUCAUAAAUCACUUCUCCUGGCGCAGAUUAGACUCGCUGGAUUCUGCUAUGUUCUUGUAGUAGCCUUUGUUUUGUGGUUCCAACUUGGUGAGCCAACUUAAGACAAGUGGAUUCAAGCAAACUUCUGUUUGUGGACUCCCUCGAAUGAUUUUUUUCUUCAUGCUCCAUCACUCCUCCUUUAACUCUCCUUUCUCUUCAUGCAUUUUUAUUUCCUUUCAUGCUUUUUUGUCAUUUUCUCUCCCCAUUAUCUUGCACUGCUUUUUUCUUACUCUCUUUCCUCUCUCCUCAUCCAGGACCAGUAUCUUGAUAAGUUCUUUGCCUUGGUUCACGCCCUGGAUGAGCACAUGUUCCCGGUCAGGAUAGGAGACAUGCGCAUCAUGGAGAACAACUUAGAGGCCGAGCUCAAGUCCAGCAUCGCAGCUCUCAACUCCUCCCAGCUGGAACCAGUGGUUCGGUUCCUUCACCUUCUGCUCGACAAGUUGGUGUUGCUUGUUGUGCGACCGCCGGUCAUUGCUGGGCAGAUAGGUAUGAUAUAUUCACACUUGACUAAUAAAUUAUCGAUUACGUAUUGAUUUUGCUUCAGCUUAGAGGUGUUAAUCUCCUCCGUGUUGUCGGGUUUCACUUUUACCAGAUUAGUUUCUCAUUUUCUUUUUUAUUACAGCGAGCAGACUUAGAAAUGAAGGUCAGAAAUCAAAGUGUAGUAAGAGCAACUGAGCUGCUGUGAUGUAUUUAAUGUUUGACUCUGGGUUUACGUCAUGGCAACAUUUUGUUUCACGCAGAUAAAUGGAAAAGAUCAGUUAUAAAGAAAAGUACAUGUCCUAGGGGUCUAUCUUUAAAAUAAUAAUUUACGUAAAGGGGAGUGAUGCUUGAGUAAGAGGGGACCAACACUGUGCAGCUUGUUUAUUAGACUAAAAAGCAAAGCUGUCCAUUUUAGUUCUUCAUCCAGAUGACUUGUGAUUGCACACACUGAUGACAGAUUUCCAGCAAUUUGCAAACAGAUCCAUGAGACCAUUAACUAUUAAUAACAAGCUUCAGAAAAUGUGUUUAUUCAGAGUAUUGGUUUAACUUACCUAGGAUGUAAACAGUUCUCUAGAUUAUUCAAAUUCUUCAAUGAUAAUUUGCAAAUACAUACGACAGAAAAUAUCAAGUUUUUUGUGGGUCAUCUUGUGGACUUUCGUACUGUAGCAGAGUGUGUUUUUGAUCUUUGUUCAUGUCUGCAUUGUAACAUGGCACUCUGCUUCUGUCUGCACGUGUCUGUGUGCGUUCAGUGAAUCUGGGCCAGGCAUCCUUUGAGGUCAUGGCAUCCAUAGUGAACCGGCUUCACAAGUAUUUGGACACCAGCCAGGACAUGCAUGGCCGCAACGGUCUACUGUCCUCUUACAUCCACUACGUCUUCCGACUUCCCAGCGCAGACCCUAACUCGCCCUCUCCAGGUAUUUUUUUGGACACUGAGUUUCGUCUUACACAUUAACCUUUAUUCCUUGUCUGUUUUCUUGUUUUCUCCCUAUAAGUUAACUUCAUUCAACCCUCCGCUCACCUUCACUGUGUUUCUAUUGUCAAACCUACCUGCCAUAAUUUUUCUUCUUCUAUUUCUUUUUAUCGUUUGCCUUUUCCCCCUCCUACAUCUAUUUUGUCUUCUGCCUGCCCAACACAGACCCCAACUCAUCUGUAACAGGUACACACAACUGUACAUCCUGAUAAUGUGUGAAAUAAUAGCUUUAGUUCUUGAAUACAAAUGUAUCCAGCAGUUAUUUUCAGUGGAUAAUUCAAUAUGUGGUACUCCCAGCAUAUUUCACAUAUACAGACAAGAUUAGUUGCUAAUUACUAAGGAUAAUGAGUUUCUUGAUAUUUUAUUUUUUGUUCCCUACAUGUCAUUUUGUCUAAGUUUUGGGUACACUCCUCUUUUCCUUUUUUUCUCGUUGAAAAGGAUGGAGGCUGUCACAGACUUAGCAGAAGUAGUUACCUCUUCACAUCCCAGUUACCCCACCUCCUUCCUUAUGUUUCCUCAGGCCCUGGAGGGUUGGGCGGUUCGGUACACUAUGCCACUAUGGCUCGUUCGGCGGUACGACCAGCAAGCCUCAACCUCAACCGCUCCCGUAGCCUCAGCAACAGUAACCCUGACAUCUCCGGUACUCCCACUUCCCCUGACGACGAAGUCCGCUCCAUCAUCGGCAGCAAGGUGAGUCAUCAGUAAUAUUUUCAGUCAGACACCAGCCCGUGACUUUUAUUUUUAUCUCAGUACUUAGAGAAUUCGGUCUGUUUUCUUCAAGGGCAGAGGAGAGCACGUUCAAACUCAAAGUGUUCCACGUGUCUCUCAUGUGGACAGCAGGCAUAACUAGUUAUGACAGGCAAAUAGCACAGUUAAAUAUUUAACAAAGCUGUGGUCCUGCAGCUCUUAUUGAUUCGUGAUGCAUUUUAGACACACUAGUGUGAGGUGAUUGUACUGCUCUGUAGCUCUCAACCCAUAAAUGCACAGACCUCCCAUGUGUUCAUUGCUCAGGGGGACUAUUUUAUCAGCAUGCAAACUGUAUUCCCAAUGCGUAAACAUAGGAUUGGACAUGUUAUCUUUCUAACCCCUGUAGCAGCAACCUGUCAUACACAAACCCACACGCAUACCCUCAUAAUGCACCGUGUGUGCAGGUUGUGAAAGGCUCCAGAGACGUUUGGGUAACGGUCACAUCAGUAAGCGGAUACUUUCAAGAGACAAAAACACAUAGUUUGAAUAGUCCUUUAAUGGCAUUAAUAAAAGCCUCAGUCUCUUCUAGUUUCCUUUUUUCUUUUAUUUGAUUUUAUUUAUAUGUUGUAUAUUUGCCUUGAAUGAUUUCCCACUUUUUUUAUUUAACCCAAUAGUUCCUGAGAAGUUUGUGAAUGCAGCCCCUUGUUUAAUGAAUGUUCCCUUUGCCUUCGCUUAUACUUAACCAAACCUUUCUUCUCUUGUCUCUGAGGGAGGGGGAGUUGUGUCUUACACAAAGACUAAAAGGGAGAGAGAGAACCUAAGUGCUUUGCUCCUCUGUGGUGAUGAUUUGGAUUUUUUAAUUUACUGUCUUCUAACCUUUUUGAUUUGGUCCUUUGGCAUCUUCCAGCAGUCCUGACCACUGAACCUCUCUAACCUGUCAUUGUUCCUUCCCUCCUCCUUCCCCCGUGCUGCUCGCUCACUCCCUUGCUUCCUGCCUGCCUUGUGUCCUUUGACCUUGGCACGCCUAGGGCUUAGACCGCUCCAACUCGUGGGUGCACACCAUGGGCUGUAAGAGUGCCCCCUGGGGAUCCAGCCCUGGGUCCGCUCCAGAAACCAUGCAGGUGGUUUAAUGAAUGCCCCGUCCUUCACCUUGCCUCACUGCAAAAACAGCUCACCCUCUUCACCUUAAAAAGGAUACUGGGAUAUUUGGAGUUUUGGUUUAUUUGUUUUUUAAUAUUUGCCAGAAAAAGGUUAUUUUUACUGAAAUAAGGGUGAGAAUUUGGGCAGUACAUAUUCUUCUUCAUCAGGACUUAAGAUUUUUUUUAUCCCCAUAGUACGAUCAUAUUUGAUCACAUUUUCCUUUGAUAGAUUUAACUGACUUUAAAGCUACUAUUCCACUUUUGUAUUCACUGUUUGUUAAAUUUCCCCAAACUACAGCGAUUCCUACAUGUAACCUAAAGACAGAAAAGUCCAAAACUUCAAAAUGUUACAGUAUUCUGGUUAACUUUAAAUGGAAACCCUCCCAUGAAGCCUUUCAUGGGAGUCACAGCUACCUCCAUGACUCUGUCUCUCAUGCUAGAAUCUUGAUUCUCAUUCCUUACUCAUGCUUAUUCCAUCUAACACCUCCCUUUUUCUCACUACUUGCAUGAAUCCACAUUAAAUCUCAGUUCAGGUAUUUGGGUACCUUUUCUUUUCUUUAUGGCAGCACUUUAACAUCGCUGGCCCCUUUUCCAUUCUGCCUGUUUUCUCUUGGGUUAUAAUUUCUGAACCCAAAACUAAGGCACACAGUAAGAAAUGUUGAAGUAGAGAAGAAAAAGAGUAGUGUUAGACAUCAUCUUUAUGUAGUUUUCUUUAUUCAUUUACUCGCCAUUCUCAGCAUUAACCUCAUAGUCUCCAUUCUCAGCUAGUACCCCUGCAUGACUCAUUACUAACCCUGCAUAGUUACAUCACGUUGUCACUGGAGCAUGGUAUACCUGUGAGUGUGUAUGUGUGUCUCCUUUACUUUCAAUCUUUGUGUCAUAUUAUUUUGUUUUUUAUCUUCAUUUUAGGUUGCCAUGACAAAAAUAUAUAUAAACAUAAAUAUAUAUGUUUUUUUUAUUUGUUUUGUUUGUUUUUCAUCAAUACAUCUAUUAUUGUUACCAUCACAAAACCAAGAUGACAUCAAUUCUGCUCAUUGUAAUGAUUUAAGGAGUUUACUGCAUUGACUUGAAAAUUGAUAAACAAUUGAUAAUGGUAGCAAGAAUAUUAUGAUAGGCCGUCUAUCAACUAGGGAUGGGUGAUAUGAGCUAAAAAAAUUAUUUUUCAAUAAAAAAUAUUAUAAUUCCAAUCUAUAUUUUUGACUCAUUUUGUCUCGCGAACACUACUUGAAAUAGUCAAAUAAGAUACUUAUCCUCAAGUUUGAGUGGUAGGUUAUGGAGAAAACUCUUAUUGCACAGAGUGAACAGCAACAGAUCCACUGUCCGAUGUCAGGCAUACCUGGUUGCGCUUGAAGGAAAUCCCUUAUGUGGAGCCUCAUUCAGUAACGAGCUGCUCAGAAAUGUCUUCUUCUUUACCUUCGGCCAUGUUUGUUUGUCAUGCUCUGUGUGGGCUAUGGCUGCGAAUCCGUCGGUCGCACUUGCGUCAUCAACUUACAUUUAUCGUAUUUAUCAUGAGAUGACCAAUGUAGGAUUUUUUCUGACGAUAAAUCGUUAACAAUAAUUUAUCACCCAUCCCUACUAUCAACUAUACUACCUGCCAUUUAACAUUUAUGAAGUAUAGGAUUAAGAAUGGCCCACCAGUAAUCUGGGCGAUAAACAAUGUCAUGAUUUUCCAUCAAACCACAAACCAUUGAUUUGGGUACAACAGUGUUAAACUGCUGUGGCCCUGUCCUUUGCCCAUAUGUUGUUGUUGUUUUUUUGUCUACGUGUGUACAACAGAUCACAAAAGUGUUUUAAGUGUGCAUGUAUGUGUGAGACCAAGCAGACACAUUUUCCCUGUGUGCUGUGGAAAAAGGUGCAAUCCUUUUGCUCCCGUUGCUCCUCCACUAACCUUGUUGUCACCGUUCCAUUCAUUCCACCCAUAGGCCAUGGAGCGCUGUGGCAAUCGCAUGUCUUCGCACACUGAGAGCGCCAGUUUCUUGCAAACUUUAACAGGACGGUUGCCCACAAAAAAGGUAGAGCCACUUGCACUGGGGGAGGAGCCAACCCCGCCCACCUCUCUACUCGCCUCCUCACCUGUCUUGUUUGUGGAUGUGUGCCUCUCGAUUGGUUGGUGUUGUAUGUGGUGGUCGUGGAGUCUUGUUGAAUGCUGAAUGUCUCUGAUCUGCCCGUUAUCCUGAAUGUAUCACCGGUUUUUGGAUGCCUAAUGAAUGUUUUUAGUGGUCUGGGAAGUCUCCUUUCAUUUUGCAUUUUUUUACUUAUGCACUGGGUGCCUGUAUUUAAUUUUUUUUUUUUUUGUAAAUGUAUAUGAUUUUUUAAUGUAUCUUUUAUUAUUUAGAAAGGUGCAACACAGUUUUACUUUUUGCUAAUUUACUUUGGCCUCAUAAAAAAUGUGGUACUGAAAAUAUAGACCAGGUUAGUUUGGCAGGUAUGAGGUCUGGUCUGUUUACCAUUUUCCCCCCAGAACUUUCAACUACUACUACUUUUAAAGAAGCAGCAUUAAUAUUUCAUGUAAAACAACGACAUUCACAAAUAUCUCACUUCUUUGUGCAGCGCUUGUGUUUUGUACACAGUUAGUCACAGUUAGUUUAGACCUCUUCCAAUUAUUUAUCAUAUCUCAGCACAAUUAAGGGAGACUUGCCAGACUCUUACAGAGUUAGCCAGACUGUGUUGAGUGCUAAAGAACCUAAAGAAAUGCUUUUCAUAAGCAUCUGAUUCUUAUUAGUUUAUAGAUAUUUAAUUGAUAUGGUUCUCUUCAUGAAAAAUCAAUUUAACUACUUUUAACAUAUUGAGGCGGUAAGAUAAUGAAAUCCUAUAAUUUGCUGCAUGAUGAUGAUAAUGGUGCAUUUUGGUAAUCUAAGAAGAAUAAAUGUUGCUGCAUUCUUCUGUAAAUCAUAGUCUCUUUAUAUGUUUCUCACUUUUCUGUAUCAGAACGUGUUGAUCUGGUGACUAUGACUGUAACAUGAUUCAGUAUCAAUCUUCACUUUGUCUUUAAUCAUUUUCAGUGUUUGAGGCGUCGGAGCUCAGCUGAACUGUAUUUUCAUAUAGAGAAUGUUAGAAAUGCUACUGAUUGUUAACUUAAUGUCUGAUCUGCUUAUUAGUAGAAAUGCCCUAAAUUUCAUUUAAUACUGCGUAGUCAAUUCACAGCAUGUAGACCCAGGAAGAUUUCAGCUUUUAAGACAGACCGUGAUUCUUAUUCUGGUGCCUCACAUUCUAUCUGUCUGGCCUUGUUGCCUCUUCCACUUCUUCCUCUCUUUCCACUGUUCGACUUUCCUGACCUAUUUAGCUCUUUCAUGAGGAGUUGGCCCUCCAGUGGGUGGUGAGCAGUGGAAGCGUCAGGGAGGGCGCUCUUCAACAAGCCUGGUUUUUCUUUGAACUCAUGGUAAGACAAUGGUUUGAGAUUUUUUUGUACAGAAACUUUUUGUUUUAGCACUUGUUUGUGGUUCAGUGCUUCUCAAAAAUGUCUAAUAUUCUUCCCACCAUCUUUGCUACAGGUGAAGAGCAUAAUCCACCACCUGUACUUUACCGAUCGCUUGGAGUCCCCCAGGAAGAACCGUUUCCCAGAGCGCUUCAUGGAUGACAUCACAGCCCUGGUCAGCACCAUUGCUGGAGACAUUGUGUCUCGCUUCCAGAAGGUAAGCAGGGAUGGUGUAGACACUGAGUACAGUUCAGAUUUGGAGCAUAAAUUAAUUUUACUUCUUAUUUUUCAAAAGUGUUUUCUGAGAGAGAUUUGACCAUUUUGUCCUCUUUGAGCGCUCUGUUUUCUCUGCUUUCAUCUUUUUUUUGUGGUUGUUUCAUUGAUUUCAUACAUAUUUCGCAGGAAUACGUUUUUAAACUUCAAACUUAAGAAACUUAAAGUCUGUGUUUGUCAUCCAAUCAGGACCUGGAGUUGGUGGAAAGACUAAACACUAGCCUGGCCUUCUUCCUGAACGAUUUACUCUCAGUAAUGGACAGAGGUUUUGUCUUCACCCUGAUCCGGGCGUACUGGAAACAAGUAAACACUUUUCUGCAUUAAACCCUACGCUGUACUUGUGUUUAUUUUCUUUGUUUGAAUUGUUUUUAGUUCUUCUUAUUUUUUUUCAUUACAAAGAUUCAAGACAAUUUAGAAGGAUUAAGAAAAAAACUAAUUCAGUGCCUCUACCCAGAUUUAUAAGUCCUGGAGUGGGUGGAUAUUGGAUGUUGUAGUUUCUUUGUAUAUAAUGAAAAGAAGUACACCCUAGAGAAGUCCUAAGAGACAUUCCCUGAGAUAUAUUCUGCUAUGAAGUGGAUCCAAAGGAUAGAAAUGACUUAAACUGACUUCCACCUGUCCUUGGAUUGAUUUAUUACGGACAAAUUCAUGAAUAUUCAACAUUUUUUUUUUUCGACAAAGUUACUAACAUAUAUUCUUUAAAAGCAUCAGUUAAUUUAAUGCUUACUGUUACCUCUUCUCAGGUGUCCACAAAGCUUUACGCCCUGCAGAAUCCAACCCUGGAGUCUUUGAGGCUUGAUUUCUUGAGAAUCGUUUCCAGCCACGAACACUACGUCACCCUCAACCUGCCCUGCAGUCUGCUCACCCCGCCUGCCUCACCUUCCCCUUCAGUGUCCUCAGCAACGUCACAGGUCAGACAAAAAGUUGACGUGAUGACAACAUUCAUUUUACUGCACCAAAUAAAUUGAUUACAUAUCAGUUUUGUCUUGAACAAUUUUCACAGUCCUGUAGAGUCAAAACAAUUAGGAAUCCAAAGGCACUAUUUGCUUCACAGCAUUGGGGCCCCUUAAAUUAGUCUUAUAUGUUUGGAUUUUCUGACUUCUCUCCUCAGAGCUCUGGGUUCUCCACACAUGUACAGGACCAAAAGAUUGCAAACAUGUUUGAACUGUCAGUCCCCUUCAGAGAGCAACACUAUCUGGCUGGACUGGUUCUGUCCGAGCUGUCAGUGAUACUGGACCCAGACAAUGAAGGGUCAGUACAAUUUGGAUGCACACUUGUCUCAUUGUCUUUAUGUCGGAUAUAAACAUCUGGGUCUGAGAGAUAAUCCCGUAUAGGCGUGGAAGUUGUGAUUUUCUCUCUGCAUCUUUCUCUCUUGAAACAAAAUCACUCCUUUCUAAUUUGUUUCAUCUUCUCUGUAGGAUGUUUGGCUUACAUAAGAAAGUUGUGAGUGUGGUUCAUAACCUCCUGUCCAGCCAUGACUCUGACCCACGGUACGCUGAUCCAGAGGUGAAGGCCAGAGUUGCCAUGCUUUACCUUCCACUCAUUGGCAUUGUCAUGGAAACACUACCACAGCUCCACGACUUUACAGGUGAGUCUUACCAGGUUUCCCUGAAUUUAAAUAGCCGUGUUGUUGCAUUCUGGUACGAAUCCAAACUGCACCGAGUUUCUCCCCCUGGAUUACUGGCCUGGUAGAGGCAUCAUGUGACAAAUGAAUAGAGCUAUCCUCACAGUUACAUUGGUGAAGUUGCGUUAGCAUGUUCUGUGGCACUCAAAAGGUUAUCACUUGACCUGCAAAGGAUGUUGCACCUGAACAUGACGUACAAGUCGAUCUCUGAGUUCAGUUCUCUUCUCUCAUGUUACCUACCCUUCUUGGAUCCCCCACCCAAAUGAGACUACUGUCCUUAAAACUUAGGCUAUUAAGUUUGAAGUUUAAUUUGAAUAAAAGUUGGUCUUCAUUACCUCCACAGCACAUUUUCAGUCUCUUGUGUCUGUGCUGCACAAUGAAAACGUCAGUUAAAGUAUUUUUUAUGAACUUAACCAUUUAAUUCUCCUGUUUUUUUCCUGUUGAAUCACCAGAGUCCCAUAACCAGUGGGGUCGGCCAGGUGGUCCACAGGGGACAGCGAUGGGCAGUGGCGGUGAAGAGACAGAGGGCGAGGGUAACAGCUUGAUCAGUCAGACUGUUGCCAUGGCAAUAGCAGGAACCUCCACUUCUUCCCCGAUGUCCCGACCAAGUAGCUUCUUGCUGAACUCGCAGGUGAUGAUCAUGUAUUUUAAAGCAUCAUUAGGCUGUUGUAGCUACAUUUUCUGUAUUACUUUCCUAUUUCUUCCUGAUGUUUAUUCUAUGUAUUCUUCAGGCGAGUCGUCAGCAUGGUAGCUUUUCAGCGGAGUCGAGCCGUAGCCUGCUCAUCUGCCUGCUGUGGGUGCUGAAGAACGCAGACGAGUUGGUGUUACAGAAGUGGUUCACAGAUCUGUCUGUGUCGCAGCUCAACCGCCUGCUGGAUCUCCUCUACCUCUGUGUCUCCUGCUUUGAGUAUAAGGUAAUAUCAGCAGUGAAUUCCCCCACUAACUAAGGAAAAAGACUCAUUGUUGAUUUGUCGUUGCACACUAAGAAUCGAUAAGUUCUUGUACACAAAAAUGCAUGCUUCUCUGCAAUGACUUAGCUUAAGUUGCUGAAUAUUGUGGUAAAAUCAAGGAGGGAAAUUUUCUACUUUCUGUGCCAAAGUCGCCUACUUCUCUUUCUGUAUUUUAAGCUCUUUCUGCUGUGCAAUCUGUUUGCUUUUUUUCUGAGCUUGCACAUUCGACUUUGUGCUACUAACCUGCUUUCGCUUGCCGAGUGCUGUGCUGCAAAUAACUUCCUCGCUAUUUUCUCCAUUCAUUCGCUCUCCCUCUGCUUCAUGGAUACAAGGCCCAUGUUGUGUUCACCAUGCAGGGGAAGAAGGCGUUUGAGCGAAUGAACAGCCUGACCUUUAAGAAGUCCAAAGACAUGAAGGCCAAGCUGGAGGAGGCCAUACUGGGCAGCAUCGGGGCCAGACAGGAAAUGGUGCGACGCAGCCGCGGACAGCUAGGUAGGGGAACACGAUCUGGCACGCUGACUCACAUUAACGUGAAAUGACUGUUAAUGGGAACUGCAAAUAAAUGCAAGGGGAGGCUGUAAAAACUCCAAAUAAUGUAAGUUGAAACAUUUGUGUGGCAGACAAAUACACUAAAGUACAGUCCACCAAAGCUAGCUAUACAUACUCUGUCCACAUGCAUGAAUGCUGUCCACACAAACUGCUAUUUUUGACAGUAAUGUAGAUCAAGCUUCAACCAGUCAGCCAAAGUCAAGUCACGUUCUGCUGUGUACACACUGCACCUGUCACCACCAACGUAAAAGUAAAUAAUUCUUUCUUCACAAUUUAGAGCGGAGUCCAUCUGGCAGCGCUUUCGGCAGUCAGGAAAAUCUGCGUUGGAGGAAGGACAUGACCCACUGGAGGCAAAACAGUGAGAAGAUGGACAAGUAUGCACAUUUUUUUUUACAUCUGGUUUACUUUCUGAAUUCAUUCUGAAUGUUUUAUGAAAAAUAUAUAUUCUCAAGACACCAUAGAUUGAUUCUUCAACUAGUUGUGCUUCAUACAAUUUACUUUAUAUAACUCAUUAAAUGUGUUAAAACGCCCAUCCUCAUUUUUUACAUCCCAUCAACCCACAUGUAUAGUUCUUCCCCAUUUUGAUAAAUACAAGUCAUUCAUCAUCCAUAAGAAUUAACCAGUACAUUAUGUACAUAAACUGCUCAAAAGAAGUGGAUGCAGCAGGAAUGACCCCAUUAAUAAAAAGACAAAGAAAAUACACACUGUUAGAGAAACACCCCCUAAAGCAUGCUCUUCUGUUUUGACUCCUGAACUAUGGUUGGGACCCUUUAUUUGCUUUGAAGUAGACAUUGAUAAAAAGAUUGAGACUAUAAACUCAUGAGGCAAAUAUUUAUAAAAACAAGAAGCCUAUCGAGAACUAAUGAAAGUGGGGUUCUUGAAGCAGCCUGUGGAGUCUGUCCCUGCAAGUCACUGGCUUUUGGAUCUGGGUCUUUGUUCACUUCUUUUGCACAGCUUAUGAUCAUAAGAUGUAUUUGUGUGGAAUACACUCAUGAAUAUGAUCCACCAUUAACAGAUUAGGGUGUAUCUGCUAAAAUGCUCACUUUAUACUAAGCCACCACACACUUUCUAUGCCUGCUAAGUUUUGUUGUAGCUGUUUGAACAUUUUUCUGGUUUAACAUCGAAACAGAACUUUAAAGUCGUUAAAUUUCCAUAUUAACUCUUUAACUACAAAUGUCUGUCUUGCAUGCACACUUAAAAAAAGCUACAAUUGUGUAUCUUAUGUCACUUUUGUGGAACAGUGACAGAACAUACAAUGCAAAGCUUUCUUUGAUUAGAAGUUUUAUAUUUUUUUUCAUCAUUUGUAAACUCAGCUCCAGCCUUUGUUUUCUGUUAAUUUCCAUUUGUUUUCUCACGUUGCUGUGUGUUUAUGUAGGAGUCACAGAGCAGUCAGGUAUUGUAUGGUCCACAUUUGCUGUGUUCAUUUGAAUUUCCCCGCUGCCUUAGCUCCUCAUUCAUGAUGUGUUCAGGUGCUUGUGAGCAGUAAAGACAGUUAAUAUGGACACAAAAUAAUCAACUCAUUUGCUUUAUUUCCUUCUGAUCAAGUUUACUUUAACAUAUUCUAGAUUUACCACCUAAUGUUUUUUUUUUCCCUCAUGGCCACGUUAGGAUUUAUUCAGUGUCCUUAUUAACUACUCAAGCUCACAUAUGCACAUGAAUGCACCAAAAGAUACCUCCUCAUGCUGGUUCCUCUCGCCCGCAUCCCAUCAGUCCCUCUGUCUGGGUAACAGUGUCUGUCUCAGGGUUGGUAGUGAUUGCAGUGGGUCUGUUUUGCUUCUUAACCAGUGUGCUUCUUGUUUAUGGGUUCUGACUUGUAUGUCUCCCUGGUUGCUGCUUCAACAAAAGAACGGGACGAUUGUAGAAAUAGUUUUUAUUAGGCACUGAUUGUUUGAUUUUUUUUUGUUUUUCAAAUUAAGAAAAUGAAAGAUCUGAUGCAUUGUGACUAAAACAAGUCCUGUUAAAGCUUAACCAGCCGCAAUUUUAGGUCAUGUAGAUUGACAACAUUUCGUUAGUAUUUGGGGUAUAGAUCAGGAACUCACCCACUCACUUAGUAAACAAUAAAAAAAACAACCUUGUUGACUUCAAACCUCUUAACCUCUGGUGGGGGAAGAUUUUGGCAUGAACUAUCAGCAUGUGUCGAUGCUGUGGAUCAUAUGAAUAGUUUGAUGUCGGUGCCUGGCAGGUAAAGAGACUUCUUGCAGUGUGACUUUAAAUGUAGUGAAACGGCUUUCUUAGCCUGGUGCUGUUAUUUUGAAGAUAUGAUAAUAUAUCAAAGCACAGGAAAUCAUGAAAUUUUUUACCAGAUCCUACUCAGUUAAUGAUUUUUUCCUUUACAACAUAUCUUUUUCCUUCCUCUGGCCAGUGGCUUGCAUGUAGCAACUGAAAGUACAUGCAUUAUUCACGGGGGUUAUAUAAUUAUCAUCAGCAUCACAGUUUAAGUAAUUUUGUAAACACUGUUUUGUUCCUCGAUGAUAGGACCAGAGCAGAGCUUGAACAUGAAGCACUUAUCGAUGGAAACCUCGCAACUGAGGCCAACAUGAUUAUUCUUGAUACUCUGGAGAUCAUUGUGCAGGUACGCAAAAGAAGCUGCAUUUUCUCAGUAAUAAUGAUAAUUAUCUUCUGUGUGAACGUAUCUUGUAAUGAUUUCAUUUGUUUCUCUUUUUCUGCAGACGGUUUCGGUGACAGAGUCCAAGGAGAGUAUUCUGGGUGGAGUGCUGAAGGUGUUGCUCCACAGCAUGGCCUGUAACCAGAGCGCCCUCUACCUUCAGCAUUGUUUCGCUACACAGAGGGCACUUGUGUCUAAGGUUAGAGAACUAGACUUUGAUUAAACUGCUAGAUUUUAGGUCAUUCUUUUCCUUUAAAUGCUUAUAACAUAUUAUGACAUUUUCCUCUUUGUCCAGUUUCCUGAGCUGCUGUUUGAGGAGGAAACCGAACAGUGCGCUGACCUGUGUUUGAGGCUGUUGAGGAGCUGCAGCAGCAGUAUAAGCACCAUCAGGGCCCACGCCAGCGCCUCCCUCUACCUCCUCAUGAGGCAAAACUUUGAGAUCGGCAAUGUGAGUACAAGUUAAAGACUUCUCAUCAUUUGAUCUGCAACAUUUGUCGCCGAUUCUCUCGACCCCAUCCUGGUUAAAUGGAAGAAAAUGAAAGGAUGGAGAGAUGGCGUCUGUUCAUUAACCGUUGAUUUUUAAUGUCACAGACUUUCUGUAAUAGGUCUCUUUCAGAUAAACUGAUGCAUUUUUUCAAGGACGAGAGUAAAAACUUAUCACAGGUGCCUUCAGGAGUAACUUCAAAUAGGAAAUUUAAUGUAAAUGAUUUAACUAAAUGAAGCUCCACUCUGAUAAUUCAAAGUGAUUCGUUUGAACUAUUUAACAUCUCAUUAGCCAGCUUACACUUCUUACGUCCAUGUUUUGUUUUAAUCCUUUAAUUCUUUUACUUUACAACACCAAAUUAAGUGCAAAGUCAAACUCUGUAGUCCACGCUUUUGAGUUUAACCUCCAAGUUAGAGGAGAUAUCUCGCUUACAGAGCUUUGUUGUCACCUUUACAUGAUGCAACUCUUUCUUACCUUUCUUCUGUCUCUGGCUGUUUUACCAGAACUUUGCGAGGGUGAAGAUGCAAGUCACCAUGUCUUUAUCUUCGUUGGUGGGGACGUCUCAAAACUUUAACGAGGAGUUUCUGCGUCGCUCUCUGAAGACCAUCCUCACCUACGCAGAGGAGGACCUGGAGCUGAGGGAGACCACGUUCCCUGAUCAGGUACUGAUUCGUCUAUUAGGAGAUAGAUCUAUACAUUAAGGAUUGGUGAAUCGUUGACAGUAUGCCUCUUUUUUUUCUUAGGUCCAGGAUCUUGUGUUUAACCUACAUAUGAUCCUGUCUGACACGGUAAAGAUGAAGGAACACCAGGAAGACCCUGAGAUGCUUAUAGAUCUCAUGUACAGGUACAGACCAAACCUCUACAUAUCUCUGCGUCUCAAUCAGCAUUCUCUCACAGUUAGGUUGGUUUCAUGUGUGCGCCUGUGUUUUUCCUUCUGUUUCCAGGAUCGCAAAGGGUUAUCAGACAUCCCCAGACCUGCGACUGACAUGGCUUCAAAACAUGGCUGGAAAACACUCAGAGAGGAACAACCACGCCGAAGCUGCUCAGUGUCUGGUGCACAGCGCUGCUCUGGUAGCAGAAUACCUAAGCAUGCUGGAGGACCGCAAGUACCUCCCAGUGGGCUGUGUCACUUUUCAGGUACCGAGAGAACUGGACUCAUCGAAUGUUCCUGUCUUUUAAUGUAUUAGAUAUGUUAUAAUGUGUGUACGCUUGCUUUCCACAGAAUAUUUCCUCCAAUGUGCUGGAGGAAUCUGCAGUCUCUGAUGAUGUGGUGUCACCAGAUGAGGAGGGCAUUUGCUCAGGGAAGUACUUCACAGAGAUUGGUCUCGUGGGACUCCUGGAGCAAGCUGCUGCUUCUUUUUCCAUGGUAAGGAAUGGAGAAGGAAGGAUGGGUGCUGAAUGACUGGAGCUGACACACUGACUAGUAUAAGUGUGUCAUUAACCUCUGAGGUUGGAUGAUGAGCAGUUUUGAAUAAAGACGUUUUGUUUCUGGUCAGAUUUUCAUGAAACUCGUAUCUGUAUUGUGCAGUUUUUACUAUUUACACGAACACUAUUUCAAAUUUCCCGAGGCUCUCGAGUCGUGUGUGUUUUGGAAAGCUCAUAUUCUCAACCUCCCCUCCAGGCGGGCAUGUACGAGGCUGUAAACGAAGUCUACAAAGUACUGAUCCCUAUCCACGAAGCCAACAGGGAUGCUAAGAAGCUAGCCACCAUUCAUGGUAAACUGCAGGAAGCCUUUGGCAAAAUUGUGCAUCAGGUAAACACAAACACACACACACACACACAUACGCGCACAAAAUGUAAAUCACCUCUUCCUCCUGAGGCUCCUGAAGCUGGAGGACAGCAUAUAUUUUCUCUGUGCUUUUUAAAGUCCUGUGUUAUGGAUGAGGAGCGUAACAGAACAGCAUGAUCACUCAGUAUGAGUACCUGUAAAGCUCACUGUCACAGUAACAUAGCCGUUUGCACAUCUCAUAUUACUGCACUCACAAUAAUGGGGCAGCAUGAAGGGUUAGGGCCUCGAGCAGCAGAAUAUUAUUUUGAACAGAAAGGUCAGGGCUGUAUCAACAAUGCCCCAGAAAACCACAAUAAUACCACAGACAACUGGGUUUAUCCUGGAAUUGUAGUCCUGUAACGUAGCCUUCACAUAGACACAGCUCUGCAUGGUUUUAGUAUUCAAGUAUUCCUUUACACUUUGUCAGACACCUUGCAUGCUUUUUCAUAUCUGUGGAGUAUGGAACAGAGGGUGCAUGAAAUGUGGGAAGAGAUUCCUGUCGUGGUUUUUCUUAAAAAGCCCAGUUGUGUGACUCUUGAUGAUGAGGUCAAGUUACAGCGUGGGCAGGGUUACAGUUUUCUAGUGGUCAGAGCAACUGCUCUUAGACAGCCAACACGCUUGAAGCAGUCCAUGGACUUCGUAAAAGAAGCAGAUGUAGCCGCAAUUUAGUUACUAAAGCCUCAAGUGUGUCAUUUUGGAGAAUGCCGUAACCUUAAGAAGCAGAAGUGAACAGAUGUGGAUGACAGGAUCGAGACAUCUCCACCCUGACUGACAAGCUGCAGCUUAUAAAUCAUGUGCAGCCACAUCUUCAAUCAUACUCUAUCUUAUUGUUGAAUUUAAUCUACAAAUUCAUGAUGCUGUGUGAAGACUUCUACCUUAAAUUAAGACUCACUAUAUCACAAGAAAAGUGUCCUUGCUUUUUUUUUCUUAAAAAAAUUUCUCCUUCCUUUUUUUCCCUUAAAAUGAUCAUGUAUUCAUUCUGUUUUAUUUAGUUAUUUAUUUUUUCAAACUUAUUUAUCUUUGUAUGUCUAUUUGUUUAUUCUGUUUGUUUUCCCUUAUUACUACAAUGUGUAAUGGAUAUUUGAUAUACAUCUGCAUCAAAUGCAGCAAUACCGAGAUAUGGUAUUAUUAUUAUUAUUAUUAUUAUUUUGUUCUACACCACUGAUCUUGUCUCAGAUACUGUUCAAUGUUUAGGAAAAAACUCUAAAAAAAAUUCCAAAAUAAAAAAGGAAAGUGUACACUGAGACAAUGAAUUAAUUGAUAGCAGGAGUCAUUUUCAAACUAUAGUUCCUCCCUGAAAUCCAUUUAAAAAACUAGAGGUUUUAGUCACUCUAUACAUUUGAAAUCUGAGGUUUUGUCUCUUCUUCUAUGAAGUCCAGGAAUUAUCAAGAUUAGGUUACUUUUCUAUAAUGUCAGAGAUCACUUGCUCUGUUCUUAGCUGGACAGCUUGUAACCUGGUUUAGAGUCCAUCUUCUUGCUGUAACAUCACUGUGUGUGCGGCAGCCACACAGUGUGUAGUUUUGUGGGAGGGCUGUUUGUGUGAUGUUGUUCACUUGUCCUGUAUUCUCUUUGUCACAGAGUACUGGCUGGGAGGUAGGUGGCUAAACAGUUCCUGCUUGGCCCUGCUCGAUUUGUUUAUCUCUCGUGCUUUAUUUUGAUUUACUCUCAUCUUUUUAUUUGCUAGCUGUGGGCAUUCAGAUGCUCUCUUGGCUUUGUUACAUACGUCUGAUUCAUUAACAUCUGCAGACAAUGUCAACUGUCUGCUGGGGUCACGUUGCUGCACAAGCAGCAACACCCUGACUGUCUCCCUCUCUCCUUCUCCUCCUCCUCCUCUUCUUCAUGUGACAGAGGAGCUUGUUUUUAAUAACAUGACAGAGUUGGCAGGCUGUGCAUGGGAGCCACAGUGUGUGACACUAAUGACAAAAGUCUCCGAGAAUGCAUCACCUGCACUUCCUCCCUGUCUUCAUCUCCUGUCUGUCUGCUGCUGUGUUGGUCAGAAAACACAGUCAUCUUGACUGACACACUUCAUCCCAUCUCAUCUCAUCUUCAACCACAGGGCUCGAUUUCGGUGCACUUUUUACGCCACAGGAUUAUAUGUUGACCUCUUCACUCUAGCCAUUGGUCAUUUUUUUCUCAUAGCAUUGAAUAAGCCGGUGCAGACUUACAAGGCUGGAGCUAAAUUCUUAAGGCAGUCAGUUUUUUUUUAAAGAGGGUUUAACUCACAGUAAUCUCAGGAUUACUUGAUUUAUCCUUUUUGAUUUUGAUCAAUUUUUAUUCUUGUCCCUUUUUUUUUUUUGACUAGUUCAAACUAAAUCGACCCCUGAUUUUAUUUUUCAUUCAUCCUUUUCUGUUGUUAACAGUAUUAACCUCUGAGUUCUCAUGGUUUCUUGCAUGACACAGACAGAGCACUCUGUUCUUUUUGGAAAUGCACUGAGAGUGCAUGUUGUGCUUCUGGAGGUGGUGGAUCUUUAAUAUCUUGCUUUCUUUUUUCUUUGUUUGCCUUUGCAUGGUCUGGAUCCCCCACAAUAAGUUCAUGUUUUCUUCUAAAUUAAUGGAGAUAUUAUUUUUGCUGUUGUAUGUUAGUUUGUGUUGUUUUUGAAAUUCUCUGGAGGAACCCAGUCCUCAUUAAAAUUUGUUCUUUUUUCUCCUUUUUGAUUUCCCUGGUUGCCGACCCUUCCUCCCCACUUUACUUAAUUGUGUCUUGUGGUAAGUUCCUCAGUAUUCAGGGCCUUCUAAAUUUAUCUUUUUAUUUAUGUUGCAAUCAGAAAUUGAAGAAUGUGUACUGGAUUAAUUUUUAACAUUUGCUUUAAACUAGCAGGUACUAGUUUUUAUAAUUUUAUAAUCAGCUUCUCCCUUUACAUAAACAUGCACGUUUCUCAGCCCAUACACACUUGUCUCAGACCACUUUUUGACUUCUUUGUCUACUCUCAAGGGAAGUAGCUUUCUUGGACGUUGUUCAAACUUUAAGUGUUUUAUGGCCACAUUGUUCACAAAGGUCUUCGUUGAGAUAAUUUUUUGACGUUUUUAUUUUAUGAAGAUUGAGUCCAGAGAGUCCAACUCGUAAAAAAACCUAGAGCAUUAAGACUUUUGCAUACUAGACUCAAACCAUAGUGGUUUAGGUGUAGGAAAAAGGCCUCUGUCACUGACUUUCAAAAAGAGUCUGUCUUAUAGAGUACAUUGCAGACAUACACAGUCCUGAUAGUUUUUUAUUUUCACUUUGAGAAAGAAAUCCGCUUUGCCUGCAGUCGUGAACAAAGCCUGUUACUACCUGAUAUGAAUCCUUCCAUCAUGAGUUUGAAAUAGUUUGAGCUCGGUUUGUUUCGUGGACUCUAUUUAGGACUCCUUUUGUCUUUUCUGUGUCUGUUUCUGGGACUAUUUAUACCUGUGGCUGCUUUUGGGAAACUUUCUCUGUUACUUCAAUCUUUGAACUGAGCCCUUUCCUCCCUGAAAAUGACUAGUUUAUUAUUAGUAUAUUGAUACACAAGAAUCCUUUUUACUUCUUCUAAUGAGGUUGAAUUUCUUGUCAAUCUUGUGUGCUGUGUUUUUUAUGCUGGGAUGAAACGAUGCAUCUGCCUUCCCUCUGGAGAAAAGUAUCACAAUAUUUUAUGACCAGAUCACAGUCUUGAUUAUAUCCCCUUCUUUUUCAUAUUUAUUAAGAUUAUUGUACAAGUUACUGAUCAGUACAGCAGAAACAAAUUUCUCUAUUUAAAACCAAAUUACAGGAAAAAGAAUAAGAGACAGUCUUAAUCAAAGUACCUUUCUGAACAUGUUUUUUAAUCUGUGUGAGCAAAAUCACCAACUAUUACAAUAUCAACCAACACUUUGGCUAACUUCAAAAAGUAAAUUAAUGAACAACACUCUCGCUAAGUGCACUCUUGCCAAAGAACAUCUGUGAGUUUAUACACUCCACUUUGUUUCUUAGGUAGAAACACUGAGUUUUUAAGCAUCCAUUUCAAUAACAAGUGUCUGAAUCUUCCUGCAUUAAUUUGACUGUCUAGUGAGAUUAAAGUGAAAAGGUAGUUAAACUCUGAAAUCAUCAGCUGAUACAGUUCACACUCAGACUUCUACAGACCCUUACAGUUCAGCGUCCAUGCAGACUCAAUCUACUGUUUGUAUUCUGUCUCUCCUCUCUGAUAUAUCACAGUUUUAUUCUACUUUAUUCAUGUCUGACAGAAGGAAGCAUUUCACACAAUCUUAUUUCAGCACAAAUUUAUCUUAAAAAAUAAACUAGUCAGAGUAAGAAAAGAAUUUUUCUGCUUUAUGAUCUUCUCUAAAAAGAGGGAGUCUCUAUGUUUACCAUCAUUGCAGUCCGCUGGAUGUAUGAAAUCUGACAUCUACACACGCAGUCUUCUGCUCUGCUGUUGAACAGAUACUCAUAUAAAGGGACACUUAAAAUGUAGGCUUUGCAUUUUCAUACUUAGUGUGGGCAGCUUUUUAAUGCUGUGGAUUGACUUGAUGUGGCAGACGGUCUGUACCUGCAGCCUUUGGUCUGCAGGAGAGGAUUCUGUCUGUGCUUCAACAAUGAAGUCAACACACGUCUGUAUGUGAGCAUAAAAGUGCAACAGGAUGUCCUCUCUGGAUUUGCAGAUAAUGGACAGGUUCUUACCCUUAAUUACCCGAUAUCCUCCUACCACCCUCAUGUAUCAAUAGAACAAAUGUACCUUGUGCUUGGGUUGGUUUAAACGUGUGCUUGAUUUUGGAGAACUGUCUCCUCUUUCUUGCAAUAGUCCCUUUUUUAAACUUUGGUAUAAUGCCACCAAAAUAUCAACAAAAACAGCAGAAAAGUCUGUCUUACUGUUCUUUAGCAGAUUACUAUACAUAACAAGAGUGAUCACCGUUUGAAGAGUUUUGACUGUAGCUGGUACCUCGUUUGAACAACUGUAUUUCUUGAAACCUGAAUGUGUUUUUAAUGAUUUUAGAUUUGUAUCAAACUGAACAGUUUUCUUACACACAUAUCAUUCCUAUUCUGCCUUUACGCUUACAUUUAUCGUCCUUUUCUUACAGGAUGGAAAGAGGAUGUUUGGUACAUACUUCAGAGUGGGAUUUUAUGGUUCGAAGUUUGGUGACUUAGACGAACAGGAGUUUGUGUACAAAGAGCCAGCCAUCACCAAGCUGGCUGAAAUCUCCCACAGGCUGGAGGUAAAUAACUGCAUGUGGACUUCAGGUUUCAGUGUAACACCAUGAUCUGUAUCUCUUCUGCUAUGUGAUGGUCUACUUACGCUGUUUCUCCUCAGGGUUUCUACGGGGAACGGUUUGGAGAAGACCAGGUAGAAGUCAUUAAGGACUCAAACCCAGUGGAUAAAUGCAAGCUGGACCCUAAUAAGGUACGUGUUUAGCAGAGGGUGAAUAUCUGCACUGUCAGAGCAUCCAUCUGUAACAGACAGAUGUAAAAACUAAGCUAUAAAUGUUUUUUCCCUGCAGGCAUUCAUCCAGAUCACGUAUGUGGAGCCAUACUUCGACACGUAUGAGAUGAAGGAUCGCAUCACUUACUUUGACAAGAACUACAACCUGAGGCGUUUCGUCUACUGCACCCCCUUCACUCUGGACGGACGGGCUCACGGGGACCUGCACGAGCAGUUCAAGCGCAAAACCAUUCUCACCACGUCCCACGCCUUCCCGUACAUCAAGACACGCAUCAACAUCAUCCACAAAGAGGAGGCAAGUGAAGAGUUUUCACAUGAUGUUUUUAUGGACUAAUCUUCCAGUAAUUACUCCAUUAUGUAAGGGAUUUCUAAGUCCAUGAAAUUUUAGCAAGAUUUGAAAAUGCUUAUUACAGUUUCCUCAACUCAGUCAUACCUUCACUGAGUCUAUAACAAAACAUGAAACAGUCUGUUUGUUAUCAAACACAUGUUGUGCUUAACACUACAUCUUUGUCACUCUCCAGAUCAUCUCCACACCCAUCGAGGUGGCGAUUGAAGACAUGCAGAAAAAGACUCAGGAGCUGGCCUUUGCCACUCACCAGGACCCCGCUGAUGCCAAGAUGCUGCAGAUGGUGCUGCAGGGAUCAGUGGGCACAACUGUCAACCAGGUAAGGUUUGAUUAAGCCAGUCAUAUUUAAUGGCAAAAAUAACUUGUAGGUUUUUCUUUCUGUUUUCUUGUGGGGAUAAAUACAGUGACAGAUGUGUAAUUGUGUUCUUGGUGUUCCUCAGGGUCCUUUGGAGGUGGCUCAGGUGUUCCUGUCAGAGAUUCCCAGCGAUCCAAAGCUGUACAGACACCAUAAUAAGCUACGGCUCUGUUUUAAGGACUUCACAAAGAGGUAUGAGGGGUACAUGGUUAAUAGGAUAGUAAAUUGUAAUACUUCAAAAGAUAAAAAUAAAUAAAAAAGGCAGUAAAAGAUGGUGGAAAAUAUUUCAUGGAUUCUUCUACCAAAGGUGUGAGGAUGCCCUGCGUAAAAACAAGAGCCUGAUUGGUCCGGACCAGAAGGAGUACCAGAGAGAGCUGGAGAGGAACUAUCACCGCCUGAAGGAGGCGCUGCAGCCUCUCAUCAACAGAAAGAUCCCUCAGCUAUAUAAACCUGUACUGCAGGUCAACUCACACAGGUAGGACUGGGCGAGGACACAGUGUUUGUGUGUGUUUGAGUGAACGAUGUUAUGGGUGUGAAAUUAAAACCGUCUUUGUUUUUGCCUCUGUAAAAAUCAUGCAGCAAACGGACAGCUUGACCAAGGUAGUUUGUGAUUUUAGAACAUAUUUUUGUGACUUUGUUGUGAGUCUUUGUGGUUUUUUGGAUUGUGUUGUUUUCUAUGGUCCUUACUGAUAACUAAAAUACUUUCAGUGUAAAGAUGUGUUCCAAAAAUCAAGAUUAUUCAUGUAGAUGUGUCUUUUAAAGAGAUAGUAGUUUUUUUUUUAAGUAGAGCUGUAUUAGUUAAGGUCCUCACACACCGAGGCCGACACGAAUAUAGAACGUGAAAUUAAGAAAUAUCCAGAGGAGAAUUUUGACGCGCCUGACUGUACACAUCAAGCCCGAUGCGAUUUUGCGACUUUCCGGGGGGAAAAAAACGCAUCCCAGGGAAGAUGUUUCCCAGUGAAAGUCCCGCCUCCUUCGCCUCAGCACUUUUAGCCAAUCAGAGGCGAUAGGAUAAGCACAUGAAACCAUGGUAACAACCGCUAGCUUACGUUAGCACAGAUGAAAGUUAAAACAAAGACGUUUAGCAAACUGUUAAAGCACACAAAACAUCGUCAUAUGAGAAAUCCGACGCUAUGACUCUCCACAAGUUGUCCUUCAGGUCAUUACCUUUGUAAUAUUUGUGUUUUUUUAUCAAAAAGCACUCUGUUCUCCGACACGUAAACGAUCAGCCGGUCGGCCAUGUUGGAUAUACCAGUGAAUCUGACGUCGCAACAACACGAAAUCUGAUUGGUCAGAAGUGGACACAAGGUAUGCGAAACUUUAGAAAAUUAGACCAUGAUACGAAAAAAUAAAUGCCGCAAUAUCACAGGACGGGAAAACGUCGCUGAUUUGAACGCUUGUAUUGACAGGAUGAGGGUUCGAAAAAAAAAUAUUGACGUCGAAAUAAUCGCACGAAAAAAACGGUCCCGGUGUGUCAGGACCUUACCUCAUUCAACUGCUCCAAAAAUUCUGAACUAGCCCUUGAAAAUUUACAAUACGAUUUUUAACUGUUUUUUCACAGAAUCACCAUUUUCUUUUUAUUUUAUACUAUAUUGUAUAUUGUAUUCCUGAGGGGUAGAGGGUGUUUUUUGUUUACCUUAUUUUUCUCUAUUUUUAUGUCAAAAAAAGUCACUGAAACUGAAUGUAUUCUGGCCCAAAUGUGCAAUAAAAAUAAAAUAUUCAGUCACAAAAAAAAACAAUACUAUUAAUAUUAACUGGCCACAAAGAAUCAAUGACUGAAGAUGAUAACAUUAAAUUUAGAGUAAAAUCAAACAGCCAUGACAAACUGGACCAACCAAUUCUUCUUGGAGUAAAACCAGAUCAUCUUCCUCUUUGUAACUAAAUCAUCUUUUUCUUAUUUCAGGGAUUCCUUCAGCAGAAUGAGUCUUCGCAAGCUUGACAUAUGAAGAUGAAGCCACACAAACACUUUCACACACGCACACACAAACACACACACAUUAGCACAAACACACGACAGAAAAUUGCAAUAUUAAUUUAUUCUUGACUGUACAUAGGAGUGUGUUCAAAGUUGGUCAGUGUUUCAGAGAGCGUACUAAAAGGAAGACUAAAAGUGUUACGGCUUGGUACGUCAUUCCAGUGUCUUAAUUUGUUUACAGACGGUUACACGAGAAGGUCGAACAAGUGGAUCUUAAAGAUUAGACAGAUACCUUGGCAUUUUGCUUUUUUUUUUUCUUUGUCAAACAAGGAAACAGGUUUAUCAUUUCCUCUUAACCAUUGAAUAAAGGCGAUCAGUAUAAGCUGGUACUUCUGAAUCCAACGUAGAAACCACUGCUGACAACGAAAGCUCUGACAUCCCUUUAUUGGUGUUUUAAAGGUGCCAAAAAGACUUAUUCUUUCCGCCAUUUUUUGACAAGUAUCUGCAGAAAAGGUACAGUUUUAAAAAGUCAAGGUGUCUAUUUAAUAAUGAACUAUGUGUCAAAAAAAAUCUGUAUUCAAUUUCAUGUGUGCACUUUUUUUAUUACCGUGUAGCAAUGCAUUUUACAACUUGAAAGAUUAUGUAAUUCAAAAAAAGAAAACAUGCAAAAAAUGGUACCAUUAUUUAUCAUGAUGCUUUAUUAUUAUUAUUAUUUUCAGUUGAAAGAAUGUUUUAAAGUUAGGUACUUUAAACAUCCUUGUAUAAUUUUAUGUAGUUUUGUUUUGUUUAUUUUAAAUAUUUUACUAAAUAAAUAUUUUAAUGUGCA